AUGGAACUCCUGGCAAGUCAACCAUGUGGCCUCAACCUUGCCACUAGCCUGCCCCAUAUAGGUAAGUGUGACAGAAAAUUAUGUUUUUGCUGGGCAGGUUGGGUCCCCAAGUGUUUUCUUUUUCUUUUUCCUUGCCAGCAAACGGUUAACGAAUGGCAACUUCUGAUUAACUGGGGUUCCAGGAGGGGGAGUUGAAAAGGAGAGGAUUUUGAGAGUUGGGAUAGAGGUUGGGACAAUAGGUUGGGAGAUAGGGAGGGAGAGUUGGUUCUGGGUGGAAACAUCCACUCACAAGCUAGAGAAAGGAGUCUCUACGCUUAGGACAGUGUGUGGCAUCCUGUAAGAGUAAGGAAUUAACUGGGAGGCUGAGGUUGAGCCAGGAGAAGUAGAAGCUGGAAAGAUACAGUCUACUUAGGUCUCAUUCCAGUCAGCAGGGGAGAGAUUCUUCUACAAAAAGAGAAAACUCCCAAUCCAGUUAAGAGGGGUGUGGUGAUCCCCUAGGUCUGUUACUUGGAGUACCUCAGGAGUAGAGUUGUCAAAGGGGUGUGUAACUGACAGGAAGUACCACCUUAUUUAAGAACCAAAGAAUUAAGCUACUGGGACUUCCCCUGCAGACGUUAAUGCACAGACAGGAUAGUUUCGGCUGAUUUUUUGCAUGCCACACAGCUGUAAGUAGCACAGAGACCUUCCUAGAAGCAAUGUGACAAAGCUGGUUAGGGAAAACAUCCGCACCAAACCCUAAAAAGAUAAGAGAUCACAUGAUAUUACGACAUUUGAACAGCUCUGUUUUUCACCCUUUUCCUGCUCAGGCCAGAUCUUUUUUAAAAAAGAAAUUGGUGGCUUCAGUUUCUGCUCUCCAAUGUCAGUCCAUGCUAGAUUUUCACAAGAGCCCUUCUAUCGCGUUGAAACUAGAAUGAUAAAAAUAAAUCCUGCUAAUCUUCGAUAAAGCAAGGGCAUAAAAAGUGGGGAGGGUGGGUAGCAGCAGAAAAGAGAAUUACUUUAUGAUGGAAUUAUUGGUGUCUAUGGGGUCAUGCAGCCACUGGCAGUCCAUCGCUGCUUCUGCCUUUUGGGUGUAAGCUAUCCCUAGCAAAAACAAUUCUGAAAUUUGAGCUUUGGCAGAAUUAUAUUAGCACCUACAAAUCUUCACUAGAGCACAGGGAUAACCAUACUUGCGAUGGUACAACAGAACAAAUAUAGGCACUUCUAAGAUUCUGGGAAUCAGCAAAUAAAGCGCUCCAGCUGACAGCAGCUGCAGGGAACAGCUGCAGGGCAUCAAGAAAGCUACUGGGAUGUGAUCCAGGGCAUACUUUUCUCCUGUUUCCAUUUUUAUAAUAAUAAAUGAUAAUAAUAUAUAUACGGUAAAGGGACCCCUGACCGUUAGGUCCAGUCGUGACCUACUCUGGGGUUGCAUUGCUCAUCUCACUUUACUGGCUGAGGGAGCCAGCGUUUGUCCGCAGACAGCUUCCGGGUCAUGCGGCCAGCAUGACUAAGCCGCUUCUGGUGAACCAGAGCAGCACACAGAAACACUGUUUACCUUUCCGCUGGAGUGGUACCUAUUUAUCUACUUGCACGUUGACGUGCUUUCGAACUGCUAGGUUGGCAGGAGCAGGGACCAAGCAAUGGGAGCUCACCCCGUUGCGGGGAUUCAAACUGCUGACCUUCUGAUCGGCAAGUCCUAGGCUCUGUGGUUUAACCCACAGCGCCACCCGCGUCCCAUAUAUAUGGUACUUAUUUAUAAAAAAUAUAUAAUGCCAACUCAUCAAAAAUAUCAAGGCAAUGCAUGAUGUGAAGCAUAAAGCACAUUGAAAACUGUAGUGAGUGUAGUAAUUUAGAGGCAUUUGCUUACAAGGAGCAUUGUGAUGGGAGUUUAGAGAUGGUCCCUGGGGGAUGGGGGAUGGGCUCUGACUGGCCUUCUCUGUGGCAGCCCCUCAGUUGUGGGAUUCCCUCACCACAGAGGAGGAGAUGAAUGCUUGAAGAUACAUCUCUUUAGUGCAGCUCAAUCACAUGCUGUUUUUAAGGGAAGGCGGUUGAAAAAAAAAGUGUGAGUUUCGAACUUUUGAAAGAGCUUUUGAAAAGCUUGAAAGAUGGGGUAAAAUUAAUGGAUGUUUACUGGGCAGGUUCUACCCUUCUUAUUCCCAAAUAUUACAGUCUCUACUGUUAAGGCAAAAGAAGGAGGAGGAAUAAUUUUGUCUUGCUAUUAUGUCAGACACUUUCCCUCCUGUCCUUUAAAACAUCAUGUCUAUGGGCUCUAUGUGUUUUUAACCAAAAUGGUGUCAUAUAUACACUAGUAAUUUAGAUCUUUGUAUUAGAGACUGAUAGGGGCAGGAUGUUGAACAGGCUGUAUAAAUUGUUUUGGCUAUGUGAGUAAUGCCCUCCACCUAUGAACCAUUGUUGUGUUAUGUUGAAUUUUUCCAGGCUUAGUAUUGACAUACUGCAUUCUCAGACAGCUGUCUGGGUCCAUUAAGGCCCAUUUCUGAAGUUAAAGCUGCCCUGGGUCUCCUGUGUAGAGUGGCUUGGAGUUGCCAUUUGAAUUUCCCCACAAUGCUCUGUGGUGACACUCCUAGGGAGGGAUUGGGAGAAAUUAAAACACUGGAUCCCAGUUAUCCGCUGCUGAUCACAGCUCUGCUGCCAUCACCACAUAAGCCUGCAGUGCUCAACUGAUGUAGGAAAGGGUCCACCUCUUUGCUGUGGAUCCCUCAGACCUGGAGCCAGCCCUGAGUUUUCCAGGAGCAGAGUGCUGCCCCUCUGCCCAUUCUCAAAACUUUUGCCAUAAUUUUGUCGCUCUAAAUAACAACCUGAAAUGUGACCCAACAUCCAUUUUUGGUGGCGAAUUCUAUUAAGUUUACUUUGCAAGCCCAUUUAUAAAGUAACCUGAGGUACAGCUACUCUUAAAAUUAGCAGCGUUGGUGGGAAAAGCAUGUUUGUGUGUAUGUGAAUGGGUUGGGACAGGGUGAAUUUUUUCCUUCAUUCAUUUACUGCUUUCUGAAUGGCUUUAUUGAUGUUAGAAGCUUUUUAUGUGCCAUAUUGACUUCAAAGAUUGCUCUUUGCUUAUAUGAAUCCAGAUAAGAUUUCAAGGGAUCUGAGAGAACAUAGUAAAGGCCAGAUGUCUAGCUGUUUGAAGAAAUGCUUCUAUGUUUAGCCAAAAAGAAAGAAAAGAACAAAAAUUAAUACUUGUACAGGAACACUUUUAGAGCAUUUUAGCCAUCUCUUUUUUUAAAGCUCCAUUAUGACAAAUUAUUAUUAUUGAAACAUAGAGGCUUUAUUAUUCACUUUCAUACUCUUUCCCUUCUCAUUCAUUCAUAAAUUAUAUUUUUCAAAGAUUAUCCCUCCCCGCAGAUCAAAGCCAAGGAGGAAAAUGCACUCUUCAAAUACCUCCAGGUUAUUUCAGCGUAGGAGGAGUUUAAUGCUUAUGUCUAACACCAGCAUAGUUCCAUCCACAGGAACAGAGUGAUCUAUAGCUAAUCAGGUUCAUGGAAGCUGCAACACUUCACCACAAGUAGCAGAUCUGCAUUUUGCACACUCCACAAAAGCACUGUUAAAAAUGGUCAUGUAUGAAUAUGUCAUUUGUAACAGUCAUAGUCCCAUCCAGAUGUCAGAUUACAACUUCCAUCAACCCCAGCCAGCUUGGCUAGUGGCCAAGGAUGAUGGGCAAUGUAGUCCAACAACACAUGGAGGGCAGCAUAUUUUUUAUCCUUGCCUCAAAGUGUGCCUUUUGGUUGGAAGUAUUGCGAUUUGGGUUAUAUCCUGAGAGGAGCUUCACCUGCCUAAGAUUCAAUUCUGUCAGGGAAAACUAGUGAAACAAGUUUGGCAGAUCAAUUUAGUAAACAGAUUUCAAGCUGUGUGGCAGAUACUUCACUGUGAUAGUAUUUAUUAGGCUUCUUCAAAGGCCCCUCCCCCUCCCCCUGAACUCAAAGCAAGGCCACUAACAGACCAAAAACUCUUGAACAAUGAAGCUUUCUGUCCUGGGACCACUUACCUGGGAGUAAGCACAUUGCGCUCAAUGAGACUUACUUCUGAAUAGGCAUGUACUGGAUUGUACUGUUAAAUCUCAUUGCUAAGGACUUGCAUGAACCUGCUACACCUGGGAGGGACUGUGUGCUGCUGAGUGUGGGAAGGAAGGCUGAAUUUUUAUUAUUUUAAAAUAAGCAGUCACAUGUAAACAGGAUUUACAUCAAUCUGCAUCUUUAAAAAUUUUUUUAAAAAUUACUAGAUUUAAUCGGUAGUAAGCAGUGGUGCCAAAAUUUCCUCCUUUUCUUUUUGAAAAUGGGACUUUGGAUGGGAUAGUAGAAAUGAGAGACAACACUUAUAAUGGGCCCUCAAUGGAAAACUUCUAGUUAGGCUGGAGUGGUUUGGCGCUUUGUGCCACAAGCAAGAGCUAAAUGAAUAAUUCACAAUGAAUAAUUCAUCCGAUGCAUUUAGCAUCUCUUUUACUCGGCGGAAUAUCUAUGAACAGAUGCCAGUUCCUUAAAACAUCUUCAUUAUUUUCAAUUUUACAAACCUUUCUGUUGUCUUCUCUCUUUUUGGGGGGGGGGGGUUGGUGGGUGUUGUUGCACAGAAUAAAGGCUGGUACCAGAAAGAAUGACUGAUUUACAGAGCUGUCAAGGGCUUUGAGGCAAAUGCCAGCUGUCUCGUGGCCUCUUAACAUUUCACAAAUGGAAAUAGGGACAGACUUGUGGACUUGUUAGCACCCCUCUUCUCACACAGGGAUCAGUUGUGGGCCCCUGACCUCCCGCUCUAGCGCUUGUUGCUCAAGGCUCUUUUCUGCCUGCCAUUCAUGUACUCAGAUUCAGCAGCACUGAUUCUGUGGACUGGCGUGUGUGUGUGUGUGUGUGUGUGUGAGAGAGAGAGAGAGAGAGAGAGAGAGAAGGAAGCACUGGAAUUUUGCAUCCACAAUAUUCACCUUCCAAGGGGAAUGCUGUUUUUUUUUCUACUAUACUAGUCUAUCUUGCAUGUGUUUUUAUGUAGCAUUGUUGUAAUUCACUUCACUUGAGUUUUUAUGUCUUGCUACAUAUUGUACUGCUCUUUCCAUAAUAACAGCCACUAUUUCUUAUGUUCUUCACGGGACCCAUUCACUUUGUCUGUGAUUUUCAUGUGCAUCCAUUUACUGCAGCCUUAAAAAUAAACCCAGAAAGUUUACUAGCCUGAAAUAUUUUAGAUAACUAGCAGCUUGCGUUUCCAUGCUGGUUGCAGAGGAUAGAAGGUCCCUCCUUAACAGCCAGUUUAGAAUCACAGACUACUGCAGUGGUACCUCAGAUUACAAACACUUCAGGUUACAGUAGUAGUACCUUGGGUUAAGAACUUUACCUCAGGAUGAGAACAAAAAUCAUGCGGCAGCAGUGGGAGGCCCCAUUAGCUAAAGUGGUACCUCAGAUUAAGAAUGGUUUCAGGUUAAGAACGGGCCUCUAGAAUGAAAUAAAUUCAUAACCAGAGGUACCACUAUAAUCUUUUAGGCGAAUGAAACUCUGUUGUUGUUGUUGUUUUAACCAGACUAGUUGAGGAAGUAUAGAUCACUCCUUCCACCCAACCCUCCUCCACUAGUCAGCUAUGCUUCUGUGCUGAUUCUGGGGGAAGAGAAUAUUGUUAUGAGUUUGAGGAUGAGAGGCCCCUAUAAUCCUAGAAAGAGUUAAAAGCUAAUCAAGCCAGGCUAGCUUCCUGAUGAGAUAACUCCCUGGGUGAUGGGCCAUUAAGAGAACAAAGGAAAGGUGGUUCUGUGCCAGAUACCAAAUGAGUGGGGCCCUUCCUCCAGCUGUCAAAUAGUUGGAAAAAUAAUGCCUGAGUUGGAGGGCAGAGUUUGCUGUUAUGUGAGCUAGAUACUGUUUGACUGGUAGAGACGGAAGAACCUUUAUCCCAGUGCUGCAAGCAGCCCACAUGUACAUGUCAACCAUCCCCAAAUGUGGGCUCCCUGGUUGUUGAACUACAACCCCCAUCAUCCCCAGGCAACAUGCCACUGGGCAGGGAUGAAGGGAGUUGUAGUCCAGCAACAUCUGGGGACCUAAGGCUGGAACAGAUGGGAAGUCCACAGACAGAGAAACUGCAGCCCAUUAAAUCUAGAAAAGGGACUUGGAAGACAUAGAUGGCACCUGCAAACAAAGGAUCAAACCAACUGUGCUUCCGUUGAAAUGCAAUGCAAUAAAUAAAUCACUUAUUUUGUUUACUAAUUUAUAUUUAUUUCAUAAAAUGUAUACAUUGCUUGACUGUAAAAUAAAUAGAAUAAUACAGUUAUCAUUAAAAACAAUUCUAUAAAACAUUCAACAAAAUUUAAAUCUACAAUAAGUCGAUUACAACACACAUCAAUAUUCUAUGUAUCUGGGUAUUGUUUCUGUGAAGAAGCACAGCUUAUCUUUUCAGUCAAAUAUCUGGCAAUCUUGACAAGAGCUAGUUCUGAUGGAAAAUAAAGAUAUAUGCAUUCUAAUUCUGUAAUCAAAACAUUUACCGUAUUUUUCGCUCUAUAAGACGCACCAGACCACAAGACGCACCUAGGAGGAGGAAAACAAGAAAAAAAAUAUUCUGAAUCUCAGAAGCCAGAACAGCAAGAGGGAUCGCUGCGCAGUGAAAGCAGCAAUCCCUCUUGCUGUUGUGGCUUCUGGGAUAGCUGUGCAGCCUGCAUUCGCUCUAUAAGACGCACACACAUUUCCCCUUACUUUUUAGGAGGGAAAAAGUGAGUCUUAUAGAGCAAAAAAUAUGGUAAUUUACUUGUAUAAUCAAGCUAUCAAAAAUUAAUAAGCAGCUAUGGAAGGUAAAGAAAGGUCUUGUUCAGAUUUAGUACGGUGUUGUUGUUUUUACUAGAAAAUGGCAAGAAAGGGAAUCCUAUGCCUUUCAGAGACCCAAUAUCCAGCUUGAUGCCAUUCCUUGUUUGCUGCCUCUUGAUCGCUUUCCCUGCCGUUUCUUAGCUACCCACCAUGGCUUGAAGCUUGAGUGAAGCAUGACUGGAGCCUCUUGCUUUACCUGCUCUCCCCAUCUACCACUCUCUGCAUAACACUCUGAGGAUAACAGCCAAAAAAUCCUGUUCAGAAAAACAUCUGGUGACUCCAGGCCUUGAUCUUCUGAAGUGCAAAUGCGAGCAAAACAAUUAUAUCGCAUUCCAAAAUGAAUUAUCUCUCAGCCCUGUUAUUUGGGCAAAAACAGUUACAAGCCUGAACAUUUGAAGUAAUUCCGCCCCCUGAAAUGAUCAUCAAGCCAAGUCCUGUACAAUAACAGCUGUGGGAACUAAGCCACCACUGAAACCGUCUGUUUCAGAUAUGGACAAAACCUGAAGGCCAAUUUCAACAUGAAGGCCCCCACAUGUGUCUGCUGAAAAGACCUUCCUCUGGCAGCACCCAAUUGACUGGCCAUGAUAUUUAAGAACAUCAAAACGUAAGAUCCCUGCAAGAUCAGCCCAGGGGCCCAUCUAGUCCAGCAUCAGCCUGAAGCUAUGUUGGGUGGCGAUAAUGUACCUGAUCCUAUGUUCAUUUUCACAGUAGCAAACCCCACUGAACACAUCAAUUUCCAAGUAAAUAUGCAAGGAACUUUGCUGUUAAAUUCAGGAUUCCAGGCUGUCUUGAUUUUUACAGGUGGGAUUCAACUGCAUGCUUUGUUGUUGCACCACCUCCUUGCAAACAAAUCAGAAUGACUGCUCAAUAAAGAGGUCAUCUAGAAACUACCUUAGAUGAUAUUAAAUGGGCAGAUGGAGAGAAAUGCAAUGGAAGUUGGCAUAGCAGACAACGUCACCUUUGCCAUGUGGAUGUGAAACAGCAGAGUCAGCAUAACCUUCAAAAUCAAUAACACCCUACCACACAUUUUGCUUAGGUGAGCAGAUGCAAAGGAGAGAACCUUUGUGUCUUUAAUAGUUGCAUGCCAACCUGCGCUUGCCACAAAUCCCUCUUCUGCACACCUGUUAAAGGUGCAGGAACCGUCUUUUGAACUGUAGUAUAAGUAGCCUUUUUUGACAGAUGCUCUUAGCUUCUUUCACACGGAGGUCAUUUAACAACCAGUUGGCACAAAGAUUUGGGUGAACAUGCCUGAAAAGGAUACUCAUCAUGGACUUGAAGUGUUGCUUCAUUUACGGCCCGCAGUUAUUUUCAAACCAAACCGUGUAUUUUGCACGCCUUUGAUUGAUUCAUUUAACCCAGCGAUGCAUCAUGGAAAAUCACAUCUGUUUCUUACUGCAAAGUCAGAAACCUGAUCUUUGACUGUUUCUCGCAAGCAGCCUGAUAGGAAUCGCUAUGUGCUUGAGCAGAUCAUAACAAAGCCGGAGCCCUCGCACGUAAUCCUGAUGAAACAAGUUGUGGCUCUAGGCUGCUUAAAGGGCUGGAACUUUCUCCAGGAAAUGUAAUCAUUGUAUCUCUGUGAAGUUGGGGCAGAACAUUAAUCAGCAAGCUUUUCUUUUAGUGAUAGGUCUUGGGGAAGGGCGGAAGAAAGAAGAAAGUGGUGGAGACAAACAGGACUGUGCAAAUCCAUGCAUUUAUUUUACCUAUUGCAUCUUUAGGCUUUAAAAGAGUAACGACCCUUUAACGUAAAAGCCAAACAUGGCAUAUUACUAAGUGUGCAGUCCUAUGUGUGGAGGUCAGAAAGGAGGGUGGUGUGGCUGCAACACAGCCCUAUUCCCCUUCCCUCUCCUCUUCUGGCUGUGUGGAUAGGGCUACAUGCCAACUGGAGGUAAGAAUUUCUGUAGACUAGGGAUGUGUGAAUCCCUACUUUGCCAUCCUCAUGUGUGGUCCCAAGUCCUCUCCCCCUUUGUCUCAUCCAACAAACAGUAGUAUUUCCCCCUGUCAUUCAUUUAUGCAGUGAAACAUAAACGGUUUUUUAGGGCUCUUAAUCGCACAUACAGUUAGACCCUUUCAUUAUGCUUUCAUUACAUAAGUAAGCACAUUCAGCCCCCAGUUUCUUUUGUUAAGUAGAUGGUCUGACACAUUCCCUUUUUUGGACCAGAUACUGUCAACCACCCCUGUGAUCCUUGGAUGACGGGCAAUGUAGAAAUUAAAUAAAUACGGUAAAAUAAUUAAACCAGAUUUAAUUUUGUGGCUCUUUUGUGGUACUCAGAGUGCACACAGAGUUUCUGGAAUAAAGAUGUGUUGCCUUGAAAUUACACGAAAAAUGCCUGGAGCUGAAGUUGAAGGUAUCAUUAAGAAAAUCAAAAUAAACAGAAUUUGAUGUGAAAUGUUGCUAGGAUCUAUAGACAGUGAUGAAAUUGAAACUGAGAUGAUCCGACACUUGUUCAAUGCCCUCUGUGGACUGGAAUUAUGCUUUCUAUCCCAGUGGACAGAUAAUUAUGUAACGUUUCCAAACUGGCUAAACUACAGUAACUUGUCACCAGUAAGAAAAUGGAACAAGUGGCUCAGAAAGUUUUUCAAGUCAUUCAAGAAAAACAGAACUGAUGCUCAAAUGUGAUUUUAAAAACAAAAACAAAAAAGAGAGAACUCUACCAGGAGUGGUUUUCAGUGUGGAUCAAUUUGGUUGAUCAAUUUGGUACAGAAUAAAUGCCUAUAUAGAUAUGAAUUAUUCUUAGCUGGAGAAAUUGGGUUUUCUUUUUACAGGUUUGGAGCAGUUUUGCUCUAGGGUGAGGUCCCUGGGGUUUGAUUACAUAAGCCUAGAGGUAGCGGACAUACAGCAUAUAGCUCUGAUGUGCCUUAGAGAUGGUGACCUAUGGAAUUUAUUACUGUAUGUGCUCCACAGCCUUGUGACUUUCAGAUCAUAUCUACCAGUUUAAAAGGCAUGUGUUUCCUCCCUUUUUUUCCGUUUUAUUAUUUAUUUCAAACAGCUCUGAUGUGAGCUUGGAAACUUUAUGGAAUACAAGUCAGAAUUUGUGAGCUUAAAUGUCAAUUUUUCUUCCCAGGUCUCUAGGCGGCCGUGCCACUUUCAUCGAAUCAACUUGUUAUUUCAUGGCUGUGAUGCAGUUAAGAGCUUUGCUAUGUUAGGCUUUUUGCAGUGAAGUGGGGGACGGGGUGGGGGAGAACAGACAUGCAUGCUUCUAAAUCUCUAUAGGAAAAAAAUUGGCAAACGGUGAGGUCUUUAAAAUGAAUUUAUUUUAUCUUUCAAGCAUUGUUUUCUAACAGAAACCAAUAUCUUCUGAGGCUAUAAAAUCAAAUUGCAAAUUACAUUUGCUGCAUGGCACAUACGAGGUCCAAACCCGAAGAGGAAGCAAGGGGAUUCUUUUAUUCCCAAGAAAUACGUUUUAUGCUUAUAAUGUUUGGAGGAAGGCUACAACUCUGAGAUCCCCUUCACCUAGCAGUAAGCCUGCAAUAUGCAAACAUCCCUCUUGUUUAUGGCUACUUCCUGCAUAUGAUGAACAGACAACAUCAUAGAGAGAACCAUUAUGUUACGAUAGGCAAAAUUGCAGUCAUCAGGGUAGGUUGUGCAAAUCUGUCCAUCGGCAAAGUGGAUAAAUGGCAGUAAAUGACAAGUUUGGUCUCGUACUUCCUACAUGCAAAGCUGCAUCUACUUCUUUAUCUUAAGUGACUGCAAGAGCACUCUGGGUAAUCAGGCUAUGAUUUUGUGUAAAAACCAUAGACUGGCUUUGUGGCGUUUGCCCGUUCUUUUGAAAAUGUCUAUACUGGGGGAGAGAAAGAGUUAAUAGAUAGACCAAUAGAAAAGCCAGAUGCGGAGCCUACCUGUUUAUAAAAGGGCUUAGCCCGAGGUUUAGACAGUUGGUUGGUUGGGAAAAGGCAGUUGGGAAAGCAAUUGGCAGACAGAUGGAAAUAGAGAGACAGUUAGUGCAGUUGGUUCUUGUGCGAGGGGAGGUAGAAGAGUUAGAGACAGAAUAAAAUAAGACUAAGAGGGUAAAGUGUAACAGGCUUAAGACACUUUCACGAGUUGAAAGUGACAAUGGGCAAAAUCCCUUUGGCAACUUCAGUGACUGCUAACUAAAAGUCGAAGGGAAAAUUUGUUCACUAUGACUAUAUGGACAGAAACAGUGUUAAACAGUUGUCCUUUAGUAAUCCUCAAAAGCAGAGAAUGGUAAUUAUUGCCUGUGGAGCUAUGGAAAUAGAACUGAUAUGUGUGUCGAAAUGGUGAGAGUGAUAAUAAUUCUGUGAUAUGAAAGUGAUCUCUUGCAUAUCCCAAGAUUCUAUAGACUUUAAAAAAAGAAAGUACAGGGAAUAACGCACACAACAGGUUGUAUUGGCAUUGUUAUAUGGCUCUUCUGAAUGAAGCAAAUGGGAGCAGUUUACUAUGCUGCUUGCAAACCCAUAAAUUGUUUCCAUUUUAGUAUAGCUAUGCAUCAACAUGCCCAGCUCUUGUGGUUGCUAAAAGGCUUUAAUGGAUGGACAGACUCCCAUCCUGUCCUGUUCCUACUCUUAACUUCCCCCUUCUCCAUUCAUUUCAGUGCAACAUAAUACUUGUGAAUGUUACUGUUAUGCAUCAUCUGACAGUGUUGCUAGCAUGGUGGUGACAACUUACGCUGUCGUGCCAGACAAACAUCACCAUCUUGCUGAUGCAAGCACCAAACCACAAGUUGUGACAAUGAACAGCAAUCCUUGGACUAAUGGCUUGCAUGGUAGAUUGGAGGACAAAGCCAUUAGUGAAGCUUUCAGGUUUUCUUGUUACAGAGCAGGACAUUUGUGGCUAUUUCAUUUAUUCAUUGUUCAUCAGCCUUGCAGAGUUGUGUGCAGGUUAGUGAGCAGACUGGUAGAAGAGUACUCCGUCGCUCCUCAGCUUCCAGCACCAGAGGACAAAAGUAGCCUCUUCCACUCCUAGUACAGAAAUGCUGCUCUCUGUUCUUCUUCUGACAGCACCCACCAGGCUACUUUAUUUUGCAGGCAAAAAACCUUUUUUGCAGGCUGUAAGAGUGAUUUGCACACUGUUAUAUGAGAAAGUUGACCAGUGCAUGUGCCAUUGUGUGUGGACUAUCAAAAACCUAAACACGGACUCUGGUCCCUUUGUGGUUUUAUCUUGAAAACAGAGGAUGUUUCCCCUCCAGAUGAUUUUUCUCACAGUGUGGCCAUUGGUUGCCAUUCUGUGGCAGAGAUGCCACAAGUGGUAGAGGCAGCAAGCCCUUGGGGGGCAUGGACAGGAAUGCCCAGGUGCAGGGCCUGUAUGUAGCUCAAAGUCAAGCGAUCACAACAGCUGCCUCCCUCCUAGGAUGCUAAUGUCUGCUGUCCAGCUCAAACCAUGGUGUUGUGCAGAGGUAGCCAACAUGGUGCCCUCCAAAUGGGGGGCACCAGCUCCCACCCAGCAUGGCCAAUGGGUGUGGGUCCUUAUAUAGCCAAUCAUCUCAUCUACACAAAGCAAGGAGGUUUCAGCAGGGUUAAGGGAACCCCAGUAUCGCGCCACUGCAUUUUCACAACAAAUAUCCAGUGCUUGAAGUGUGCUUAUGUCAGCCUGUCAAUUGAGUCUAUGGCUGAGAACAGUUGAGACUGGGAAUGUUACAGCAUCAGUUGACAACAGAACUAAAACAAAAAGGGAAAUGGAAUAAGCCGUAUGUUUCUCAGCACUUUGAACAUGAAUAUAUUCCAGAAGGUUCCCUGCUCAGAGCUUUGGGGAAAUAUGAUUCUCUUCCCAUACUCUGUAUCCUCUGGCUUCAUAUCAAAAGCUGGCCAAUGACACAGCUGCUGCUGGUUAUCAUGUCUUCAUUGCUAUGAGUAAUUAAGUAUCAGUCAUAUGGAAUCAGUAGUUUAUGCUAACGCAGGAGGGGAAUGUGGUACAGGAAAGGGCUGAGGCAGCAGUUCUAGCAGAAAGCCACCAAGAUCUUGUUCAUGGGUGCACUUAUGUGGUUUGAUGGCUUUUAAUAUGAAGAUUAUCAUUGAGCGGGGAGCUGACAAGCCAAACCAGACACUUCUUAUCUGCAUCCGUCUUUCUUGUGCAUGCUUCUGAAUUUUAGGAGCUGCCAACCAGGUUGCGGCCCUCAAGUCUUUUUCCAAGUGGGCCAGUGGGAUAGUACUGACUGGCCUUGAACUGAGCUAACAUCAAGGACAUAAAUGUGCAGGGCUCAAACUCUACAGUAUUGGGUGAAAUGCCCUGUGCUGUGCUCAUAAAGUGAAAGUCACACCUUAUUACUAUGCUCAUGCCCUGAUUGUGGGUUUCCCAUGGGCAUCUGCUUAGACACAGAAUGCUGGUUCUAAAUACCAAUCAGUUCACAGGGCAGAGGUAAAGAGUUUGGAUUUGAUAUCCCGCUUUAUCACUACCCGAAGGAGUCUCAAAGCAGCUAACAUUCUCCUUUCCUUUCCUCUCCCACAACAAACACUCUGUGAGGUGAGUGGGGCUGAGAGACUUCAGAGAACUGUGACUAGCCCAAGGUCACCCAGCAGCUGCAUGUGGAGGAGCGGGGAAGCGAACCCGGUUCACCAGAUUAUGAGACUACCGCUCUAAACCCCUACACCACACUGGCUCUCACACUAUACCACAUUUGGCCCCUUAGCCUGGAACCCGAGGCUAAGGGGCCAAAUGAGGUCCUCCAGACCUCUCCCUAACCUGUCCUGCUUCUGCUUCCGUUUAUUCAUUUGCUACAUUUAUAUAUUGUCUUUUUUCCAAAGAGCUCAAGGCAUGGUUUCCCCACUCCUCUCCACAUUAUCCUCACAACAACCCUGUGGAGUAAGUUAGGCUGAGAGACGGUGACUGGUCAAGGUGACUCUGUGAGCUUCAUCAUUGAGUGAAUCUGGGUCUUGGUGCAACCUUUUAACCCAACAGGGAAUCCCAUUAUCAAGGUCCCUUCAUGUAGGCUACUUAUGCCUGGACCAGGAGUAACCUCCAUGGGCAAAGACGUGGGUAGUUUGAUCUGUUAUGGGUAGGAAAAGAGAGCUGCUGUUUGACUACCACUGUCCAUCGAUGAACAAAGAUAGUGGCUGGGUACUGUAGAGUUAUAGAGUUGGAAGGGGAUCAUCUAGUUCAACCCCCUGCAAUGCAGGAAUAUGCAGCUGUCCCGUAUGGGGAUCAAACCUGCGACCUUGGGGUUGUCAGCACCAUGCUCUAACCAACUGAGCUAUCCAUUGGUAGUGGAGGUGAAUAAAUCUGUCAAUUUCAAUUUCUUGUUUUCCCACUAUUGACUUCUUCACAUUUCUGCAGCAAUUACAAUCUUUUAAAUAAAUGAAUCCUCAUGAGUAAUCAUCAGCAUCUUAGCAUGAAUGCCUCCUAAUAACUAUAGUUUUGUAUAGAAUUUUGACUAACAUGCACAUUUUUGCUAGCAAUACUCCUCAAUACAAUGUUAAUUACACCAAAAUAUUCAUUUUUAAUGCACACUUUCACCUAAGUAGAUGCAUUUUUGUACACAUUGUUUGUUUGGAGACCCACGUCACAAAAUUUGGAGUAGUGCGAAUUUCAAAGAAUAACCAUGUUUUGAUUCAAAUGAGAAGUACAAAAUCAAGGGAUUUCUCAUUAAUAGGCAAACAAAAUCAAUGUUCUCCCACAUCCCUCCCAGGUAGCAGGAAAGCACACAUCCUAGGCUUCUGUUUCUAUAGCAAUGCAAAACCCCCAUUCCACUUAGUGCUUGAAGAUUUUCUAGUCCCUGUUCUCUGCACCUGAAGGGCAGGAUUGUGGCUUCUGUUCUGUGGGUAGCCUCUAUUUAUUUAUUUUUUUAAAUAAUUUUUAUUAACAGACCAAUCAAAUCAAAUCAAAUCAAAUCACAUUAAUUCCAAAUUACAGAGCCAAAUUUUAAAUUUUUGUUGGGGGUACCCAUAUUUCAAGUUCCGAAAGGGAUCCAAUCAUCUUGUUGCUGCUGCUUUAAUAUCCACAAUUCUGUCCAAAUGAUGUUCACAAUUCUAUCCAAUCCUUUCUUGUUGUUUUCCACAUCUCUUCUUGUUAUUUUCAUAUAUUUUUCCUUUUUCUUUGUGACCUCUGAUAGUCUCUGCAAGCGAGUUGAAGACAAAUGUUUUUGUAGUCCUGUGUGAGUUUUUCCAUUCAUCCAAGAGUCAUAUUCAGACGGCUGCCGCCUUUCAUCACUUCCAUAGAGAAAACAAUUUUACCAUCCGUUCGUUAAUCUUCACAGGCCUGUCACUCCCUUUCUCGGUCUUCCGAGGAGGUUCUGCCAGGAGUCCAAUAUGAUAACCGCCAUAGCUUCCUCCUCCUCGAUCAUCAAUAGCUGUGUCAUUCCAAAAGCCCUUAUUCUUUUCCAAGUCUCCAUAAGCCAAACCUUUGGUUAAUAAUUCAUUUCCACACAGUUUUUUAAUCAUCCCACUUAUAGUCAAUUGUGCAACAGCUCUUACUUGAGGGGGGGGGUUGUUAGGUAAUCACAUAGAGAAAAGAAAAGAAAAGCCCCCCUUCCAGUCCCGUUCCGACAUACCGAACCUUUGAUGUAUCUUCUUCUUGAUUUAUUGUCCUGUUGAAUCCAACCCGUCGCUCUACUUCACAGAGGUCAAUUCAAUUAGCAGUCUUAACUCCCGUUCUUCACUUGAAAUAUGUGCAUUUGCCUCUCUCUAAUUGUUUGUUUUGAGCUCCUGCAACCAGUUCGCGCGAUCAGAGACAGCGUCUAGGAGAGCCGUCUCCCACGGGUGCUGUGCGCCUAGUGCCUUCACCCCCUUCUUUCGAACUCGGGGGUGAUUUAUGGCAACAGCAGGCGAGGCAGUGUUUCCCUAUUCCCUGGGUUAACAAGGGAGGCUGCAUACUCCCAUAUCAGCCUCUUAAUUACCCCGUGUGCGACGGAGAGAUGGUAUUGUCGGCCAUAUUCCAAUGCGCCCCUGGCAGCCCCUCGGGUAGCCUCUAUUUAAACAGCCCCUCACUUUUUUAAAAAAAGUUUCCAAAUUCGAUAGUCUCAUUUUAGUAAAAAUAGAAUAAAAAUUCCUAGCUUUUCUGAAAAGUUUACAAAUAGAAUCUUUUGCAAGCUACCAAUGAGAGAUUUCUUUCUCAUAGUCACUGGAGGGAAAGCAAACAGCAUUUCAAAAAACAAGCACAAGGUCUGCAUUGAAGUUUAAUAUUUUUUAAAGAUGAAUUUUAGUGCUGCUGAUAUAGCUCAAGGCGUUUAAGAACCUUUGGUAACUGCAGUUAAGGUGCUUGUGCAAUUUCCUUAUAUGUGAAACCUGCGUUUUAACACUUAGGCCCCCUGUUCAAUAAACUUGGUGUGCCAGAUAAUGAAAGGUGGUUUGUUUACCCUGGAGAAAGGGGAAGUAUUGCUGAAGUGGGGCGGAUUCCAAACACUGGCUGACUUUCUCCUCUCUCCAUCUCUGCCUUGACCUUUCCUAACAAAAACAAAAUGAGCUUGGCUACACUGAGAGAGUUUUGUAGUGUUUUUCCUGCAGCAGACACGCUGACUCAAACAGGACUAGACUUGUGCUGUCCCAACCAGCCACAUAAUAGCUCCUUUGAGAACCAGGGUAGAAGUAGUGCAAAAGGUCAUUGACUCUUAAUUGCCAUAUGCAGUAAGAGGAUGUAGUCAAACAGUGAAGCGAAUUUAUGAAAAUGAAUAAAUAAGUAUAUGUUUAUAUAGCUAUAUAAGGUGCACAUAUAUACAUAGGAAGUUCGGGCACACGGUGUCCAAAUGGGCAGAGGGAGUGAAGCUGUUAGAUUUUUCUCUCUUUCUCCUGGCUGGAAUAUAGUUGCAUCUGCAUCACUUUUGAGGCUGUGCAACAUUUCAGUAACACUCUUAUAAGUGUUUUUAUGUAUAGGAAAAGGAAGUCUGCUUUGGGGCAAGUGUGAUCUUCCCGCAUGGCCUUCAUACUUCCAUACCCAUUUUCAUUCAUUUGCUUAAAAACAUAGCAGGGUGGUUCAGAAGAACCCAUGCAGGUUCAAAGGCCACAUCUGCAAUAUAAAGCACUAGGAUUCCUUGUUAGUAGUCAUGGCUUCCCACAAAUAAUUCUGGGAACCGUAGUUAGUUAAGGCUGCUGAGAGUUGUUAGGACACCCCCUGCCAGACCCAUCACAUAAGUACAAUUUCCAGAGCUCCCUGGGAAAGAGGGAUUGACCAGUAAGAUACUCUUGAAAUUGGAGCUCUGUGAGGAAACUAGGGAUUGCCUAGCAAAUCUCUGCACCCUUAACAAACUACAGUUCCCAGGAUUCGGAGGGGGGGGGGAAGGAAACCAUGAUUAGGCUUGCCAUAUGUCAGGAAAAUUCCUGACGUCCUGGUUUCAGGUGUAAAAAUGGCGUCAGGGGAAUUUUGCCAAAAUGGCAAAAGGUCAGGGAAAACUCAGAUGUAUGGCAAUGCGAUGGGAAAAGCAGCAGAAACAUUUGUGUUUGUUCCCCCUAAAAGCUCAGCGUUUUUAAAUAUGGUAACUCUAACCAUGAUUGAUGGUUAAAAUGAUACCAUAGUGCUUUAAAUGUAUCGUGCAGAUGUAGCCACAGAUGUUCCAUAGUCUAUUUAUCUGCCACAGACAUUAGAUUAGUAGCAGAAAAUUGGUGGAAUUUCUGCAUAAAGGGCAACCCCAGUGGACUGAAUGGGGAACGUAAUCUAGAAGGAAAUAGUGCUGUGUGAUUUGCAGCUUGAGGGCUUGAGGUGUCUGGACCAGCCAGGCCUAAUAAAGAUAACAGGAGCUGCUUAGACAUCUGCUCGUGACUAUCAACAAAGCAGUAUCUCUUGGUUUGAGAAAACCUGAUGAAGGUUUAAUGCCCUGGCCCCAAGGAUUUGAACCUAGGCAGCACGUAGCUUAUUGCCCAGCUUGUGCAAGACCACAAAACAGCUUCCUUGUUGCACAGCUUGUCUGUGGGAAAAUGUUGCUGGUGGUACAAUAGGGGAUACUUACAUGAGGACCCUGGUUUCUCUGUUACACCAUAGCAGCUCCCAGGGUCUGCAGAUCUGUGUCCUUGGUGCCUGUAUAUAUUACAGCAACAUAGGAGAUUAAGGGGCCUGGACAAGGAAAAGUUGCCAUAGCUGACGUGUAUGUUUUGUGUACAGAAAUGCAGUGAUCUAUUCCUUCUUUUUGCUCCUUUUUGCAUUCAUUGGAGCUCCAGCAGCCUUAAACAUUGACAUGAAGUGAAAAGUCAAAAUUCUGUUCUACUUUUUAGGACCAGGGAUUUUAUUUUUUUGUAAGGAUGCAGAAGGAUGGAGACUAAAUACUGCAGAUUCUGGGGUGUGGGAGGAUCAUCUGCAAGGCUUCAUAAUAAGGCUGGCUAUGUACCCCACCCCCCACGUUGCCCCGGGUGUCUAGCACCACCUUUCAGAUAAACUGAAGUAAAGUUCUUUGGGCAGGAGAACCAAGCAACACACAUUGCAAGUGCUUUUAAGAUUCUAAAGCACUGGACUGUCACUUAAUGUAAUCAAAACAUGCUGGAAACUAGGAGGAACUUAAGUCACACAGAGAUACCAUCAGACCAUCUCUGUGGAGUUUGCACAACACAAAGUGGACUGUGAUGUGUUCCUCAAAAAUGAGUGAGUCAUCCAAGUAUCAUAAAGAUCUCUUACGAUGGCUCUUUAUAUUUCUAAAUCCCCCUUCAUUUUCAGAAGGUGCCUCACAAAAAGGGAAAACGUCGUAUUUAGGCCCCUAUUCAGUAAGGCACAGAUGAAUUUGAAGAAAAUCUGUUGGACAUGUUGUCAAGUUAACAGGGAUAAUACAAGAUAUAACAUACAUAAAUAUCCUUACUAUUCUAUAGCCAUCAAUUUACAUUACGUUGUUUUCUUGCUUUUGUUUAACAGAGACAGCCUUACCAUUAGACAGUGAGAUGGUUAGUUGCCUCAGGUGGCAAAACCAAGAGGGUGGGCAGUGGCAUCAAGAUGGUGGAAGAGCUGGGUGUGCUAUGUGGCUUGCUUAAAUCCCAUCAGUUAGUCUCUUGUCCUUAGGAGCGGUGGAGGACACGAUCCUAUUGCCAGUGCUGAAGUGAAGUAAGAAUCCUGUGGCACCUCUUCUGCAGAUGGAAGACGGAUGCCAUUAUCUAGCCUUUGCCUCAGGUAGCAAAACAUAUUUGGCUGUCCUUGUUUGUUAAUACUCUGUGAAAAUAUAGCAAGAAGUACUUCCAGUUUUCAGCUGUCCAAAGUAGUCAUUGAAAGGCUGCCAUUCUCCCUUCUUCCUCAUGUCUGACUAGUCCUGGAUAAUCCUGUUUAGUCAUAAUACAAUUUUCAGUCACAGUAAUUUAUGUGGCCUUAUUGUCUUAGGUUAGUGUUUUCCUGUUGUACAAUGAAGGCCCACCACUGGGUUGCAAGAUUUAUGUGGGUGGCUUCCUAGGCUCUACUGGCUGCAGUUUUCCUCUUGUCGUACUAGUAAGUAAAGGGACCCCUGACCAUUAGGUCCAGUUGUGACCAACUCUGGGGUUACGCGCUCAUCUCGCUCUAUAGGCCAAGGGAGCCGGCGUUUGCCCGCAGACAGCAUCCAGGUCACGUGGCCAGCAUGACUCAGCCGCUUCUGGCGAACCAGAGCAGCACACGGAAACGCCAUUUACCUUCCCGCAGGAACGGUACCUAUUUAUCUACUUGCACUUUGACAUAUCUGACUGGAAAGUGCAGUCUCUGACACAGAUGACCUGCCUUCUAACUCUGGGAGUGGAUGUCUCAAGUGUCAAAGGAGUGUCUCCUGUUGAAGAAGAGGCAUGCGUUGAGGCAUUCUCUUGUUUUUGCCUCACAGCUGAAAGCUAGCAUUAGAAAUCAAUUCAUCUGACAUCUCAAAGAUAGUGUGGCAGGUUUAGCCAUAUGCUGUAAUUGGUGUGCUCCUGUAGCCUUCUGGACUUUAUUUGGAGUUAUGGCCAAACUAGGGAACUUUAGUUCAUUAUGGGUGCUGGGAGUUGUAGCUCUGUGAGGGGUAAAUGACUGUUCCCAGGAUACUUCAGGGGAAGCAAUGUGCAUUAAAUGGAUGGUGUGGAUGUGACCGAGAUGUUUGCUUAAUAUGUAGCAGGCAACUAUGUAUCUUGUUUCCCUCUGGGCCGAUCCUGCCAUUAGGCAGAAGGAGGCAAUCGCCUCAGGCUUGGAGGCAGUAGCUUCCAGCUGUUCCUCUCAAAUACUCCAGCCAUUUUGCUCUGUUACCACAUGGACUGUCCUGGGCUCUCUGAUCUGGUCUGCGGCCUCAAGUGCAGCAGAGGAUGUUAUCCCAUCAGCAGUGUUGAAAUAAGUUUCAGCUGCCAGACCAGUUGGCUUUUGUGCAUGGAAUGGGGAGGGGAAAUAAUCUUGUUCUUCUCAGGAAGCAAUAUGUUUUGGGCUGGUCCUGUUUUGCCUUAAAAAAAAAAUUAAGGCUGGGAGUGGGCAAGCCCAAUUUGUACAGGAAGGCAGUGUGCAGCGAGGGGAGUUAUAUCUUUUCACUAUCCUACUGCAGUUAUAUAAUAAUUUUUUCCUAAAGCUCCCAGCUAUUGGGUAGAGGGAAGAUCUCUAUUCUGAUCCCUGUGGGGGAGGUAAUUACCCGCCUCCCCACAUACUUCUAUCCCAGUAAGAACUGGGCUCCAUGCACUGCCAUUAUUUCAGAUAAAUUGCUCCCUGCUAGAUGUACCAUCUAGUUUGGUCCUUAGUCAUCUAGCGUCAACCAAGUAGCUUCCAUUUGCUUUACCCACAAUUUCUGUCUGCCUUAACCCACCUCAUCUAGAUAAAACACGGGGGGCACUGCUCUCUUGACAGUCUACCACAAUGCUUGUGGCCAAAACCACUUCCUGGAGGGAGUCUACUGCCCCACUGCUAUCCCAGCCCUUUCACAUAGGCUUCCACCCAUUGCACUGCAUGUAAGGCAUUGUGUUGGUCUUGCAGUAAUUUGAGGACUUCAACCGUAACCUUGGUUAUAUAUACCAGAGGUACUGGUUAGAUAUUGAAUGGUUUCAUGUGGCAUCCCUUCUUCCAGCCAUUUUUACCCUACUCCAAAAUGAGUAUGUAGGCUUUGGCAUCCAGCCUCAGUCCUGCUAUAUUGAAAGUAGGGAAGAAUUGCCUAUCAAGAUGCUCUCUCUCUCUGUUUCCUGGACAUGCCAAACAUGAUAAGAGCUCGGGACCUUUCCUGCCACUGAUUAGGCAGAAAGGUUAUGCUUACAUUUCUUGCAUAUGGAAUAGUUUGUUGAUACUUCCAGGGAUGCAAUUUGUAGCUUGAAUCUGUUUUUCCGCCUGGCUGGGACUGCUUCCUUUGAAAAACUUCUUGCUAUAUGGGAACUAUAAUUUUGUUUAUUAUUUUUUAAAUAUACACUUUUAAACACCCCCUUUUUAAUAAUAAUAAAAAUCAGUUUCCAAUAACACUUUGAAAACCUGUUCCUUGAUUAGCAUUUAUUAUUUGGUUUUGCUCUGCAUAUUCUGGUCUAUUGUCUGUGAUGACAUUGAUAUAACUAUACAAGUAUCAACUCCAUUGUUUGGGGAAACAAAACACCCUGACCUGAAAGGGUGAUCUGAAUUUUGUGAGCAAUAUCAUGGCAAAGGUAGAGCAUCUUUUGAACGUUAUAACCUCCAAUACCUUUUAAAAAUGUUCUGUCUCCCUCCUUUUGGUUUUCUAGGUUGCCAAAAUAAGAUUGAGCUUUUGAAAUAUGCAAUGCUCAGCUGUACUUUGUAUAAGCUCCACGCUGACUGGCACAAGUAUUAAAUAUCAAUUCUUACCCGACAGUGCCCGGGCACCAUCCCCAUGAAACAGAAUCCGAAGGUUUUCAAUCAUUUUCUAUGCAAGUGAUGAGCCUGAACUCUCCCUGAACUUGACAUGCAUUGAAGCAACAAGCAGUUCAGAAAAGGAAGGGGGGGCAGAGAGAUAGAGAUGAAGGAAUUAAGAAAGAAGCAAAACUAUCGCAACACAUCCCACUCUGUGCUCUCCCUUUCAUCACUAAGGCUGCGUGUCAGUAGGAUCAAAGUUACAGAAGGACUUUGAUAUUUUAAUGGUAAGAAAACAGGAAACUCAAAUAUGUGUUGUUAUUGCUCUUCCCAAGACACAGCAGGUAGAAGCUAUCUGUCACUUCUUCUGUUAAUACUCCAAGCUGCACAUUUCAUACCUAUUUCAGAAUUGUACGAGGUGCUAACAGUAGAGAAGUGUAGCAAAACUUAUUCCUUGCUGGGCAACAGGAAAAGUCUAAUAGGUGUCUGCUUUUUUUGUUUGUUUGUUCUUGACAACAUUGACUAGAAAACAUUCUGAUAGACAACUGGGAGGUGAGAUUAAUCUGCCCUAUUUCCGUCACAUAGCAUGCCUCAUGGAUUAACAACCUAGCCAGUCUCUUGGAAUGUGAUCUUGUAAAAUCUACUAGCACCAGUAGUGCCUAAAGACUCCAGGAACCCUGAUAAUGCCAGUCAAUAUGAUCAAAAUGUUGAGCUAUGUUGGUAGAUAAUACUACUAGUCAGUGCUUUUUUCUGGGAGGACGCAGGGGUACAUAUACCCCUAAACAUUUUAUGAAUCUAAGUUUGGCCUCAUUGAGGGGGAGUGUCAAUAUGAGUAGGAAAAUGAGAGUACCCCUAAACAUUUAUUUUUUUAAAGCACUGCUACUAGUAGUUCUGCUGGAGAAAAGGAGCAAUGGGAGAAGGAUCUUUAUCUUCAGAAGAAGCAAGGCUGUGCUUCCCUCCUACCCCCGAAGAGUUCCUCAGGGUAGAACACAUUGUGGUGGCAAACAGGAAAGGUGGACAUUUAGAAUUAGGGAAAUGCUCACAAUAUUUCUUGAAAGCAAAAUGGUAGAUUCAGACCGACACCUCCUGUUCUGCUUGCCAACACCAGCACUUUGCUACCACAUCAGAAAUUGCACAUCAAGUGUAUAUGGAAUGAAGCUAUUGUAUAUUCAGAUUGUAUUUGGAAAGUAUUUAAACAUUCAGUGUAUGUCUGCAGAAUAUUCAAUACCAGAGUUUGCAAAGGGAAAGAGGAGAAUUGGGCCUGUGUGUGUGUAUGUGAUUAAUUUAAUAUUUAACUGGAAGCAACUCAGCAACUAGUAUAGAGAAACAGAAACCCAGCCCAGAUAGGAAGCCACAGAUUUCAGUCCUGCUCUCCAGUUUUUGUGGAGCCAGCCCCUGGCCCACUUAGCAUUCCAGAAUCCAACAAGCUUGAGCUGCAUAUUCAUAAUUUAAUCAGGUAAAUGGUAAAUAUAGCUGCUUGAAUGACUGAAAUCCUCUUGGUAGUUAAAAAUUAACCACAUAAUUUUUACCUUAUUAAAUAAAAGAUUUAGAGGGAUGAUUAAUUCAUGUUGCAUUAAGGUUCAUAUUUGCUGGUGCCUUUGUUGCUUGCAGCAAGUCCUUUGUUCUGGAGACUAUGACUUUGGUGGAGAAUUCUGAAACGGCCACACUUAACCCCCCUCAAAAUGUACAGCGUUUCUUUGAAAUCAUGUGAAAUGCCAGAUCUCUCCUUUUACACUACUGUCAGCAGAGGAAAUGAUUGCAGCAGCAGUGAGUGCAUGCAAUACGGCAUCAUUAAUUUAGAUUAUCCAGAUGGCCCGAGGAAUACAAGAAUUAUGUGGAAAAACAAGACUGGAUAAAUGAGAGUGCUAUUUACAGUGAUUUUCUGUGUUCCGUUCCAGAUUUGUGCAUGUGCUCAGGAUGCACCAUGAGUUUGGGGGAGGAUUACAUCAGUGACCUGAAUGGAUAACGUUGACUUUGGACACUAAAAAAAAAAAAAAAAAAAAAAAAGAGUAGCUGCUUUUAUUGUCUGGUAUUCUUUUGGUGGCCAUAAAAACUGCAGCAGGAGUAGACAUUCAGCAAGUGAAAGCUUUCUGUUUUGCCAGGUUCACCCUGUACUGUAAUGGGAGAAGGUAAAGACCUUUUGUUCCCUUCCAUCCACAACUGCCAGUCUGGGUAGGCCAGUCAUGCCUGAGGCUCUCUGGUCACUGCCCCCACACCCCCUCAGGUGCUUUCAGAAGAUGCAAUGCAAAUACCUAUAAGGGAGAUAACAUCCAGCAUUCCUGUUCCUUCCUGAUAACCAAAGUAGCUUGUUUAUCUCCCUCAGACCCUGCUCAUAUACACACACGUGGCAUGAAAGGGGUUGGAAUAACCCUCUGAGUUUUAGAAGAGGUUUAUUAAGCAUAAAACUGACAGGCUGACAUACCGUAGGUAAAAGCAGAAUGGUACUACAGUGGUACCUCAGGUUACAAUACGCUUCAGGUUACAGACUUCACUAACCCAGAAAUAGUACCUUGGGUUAAGAACUUUGCUUCAGGAUGAGAACAGAAAUUGCAUGGUGGCAGCAGGAGGCCCCAUUAGCUAAAGUGGUGCUUCAGGUUAAGAACAGUUUCAGGUUAAGAACGGACCUCCGAAACAAAUUAAGUACCACUGUUUAAAAAGAAAGAGAAUAUUUUUGCUCAGGUGUAUCUAUCCUAUUGUAAGGUAAAGGUACCCCUGCCCGUAUGGGCCAGUCUUGCCAGACUCUAGGGUUGUGCGCUCAUCUCACUCUAUAGGCUGUCCGCAGACACUUCCGGGUCAUGUGGCCAGCGUGACAAGCUGCAUCUGGCGAGCCAGCGCAGCACACAGAACGCCGUUUACCUUCCCGCUAUUUAUCUACUUGCACCCGAAGGUGCUUUCGAACUGCUAGGUUGGCAGUCCUAUUGUAGUUCCUUACAAACAAGCUUCUGGUCUCCUCACAUGUAAUGUAGCAGCAUAGGUAGUCCAGUUGAGGCACUCUGAGGAACAAUCACCUCUAGGGCAUAUGCGAAUACACUAUCGGGUUCUUUACAACUCAAAACAAAAACAUGAAUUUUUCAGGCCCACUCUGGGUGCCAGUAAUUGUCAGCCGUACAACUUCAGUCCAAAAAAGCAAAAUGGUUAAAUAUUUGAUUAACUGAAAACAAGAGUGCUGCUCUAGUUUAAUCUCCUGCUCUGAAAUGUAUUAAAAUGAAUGACAUGGACAAAUUAAUGAGAGAGAGAGAGACAGUGAGGGAGGGAGGCUUUCUCCUACAUCGGUUUGCAUCUGUGAUGAUAAUGAAAGCAACUAGGCCGUUGUAGUCUAGAAACAGUAGCAAACAAAAAGGCGGUGGGGGGACGGACGGUUUCUAAAAACAACCCCUUUAUUUGUGGCAAUGUUAUUUCUGCACUGUUAUUUUGUUUGUUCCUACCUGGACGAAAUGUAGCAGCUGGUUUUACCAAAGAAUAUAUAUAUAUAUAUAUAUAUAUAUAUAUAUAUAUAUAUAUUUCCAUUAACUUGUCUCUAAGCAUCUUCUCCCCUCUUCUCCCAACACUGGUGGCAGAGCCCAACAGCUGCUUUAGUAAAUACUGUCACUCAAGAUUUAAAUAGUUUCGCAUAAUCUGCAAUGAAGGACAGAGAUGAAUCCAAGCUUUUCGCUGGUCAAGUGGCAGGUGGGGAGUUUUAAACCGGGGUGGGGGGUUGGUAGGAAAAUACAGUCUCUUACUCCCACAGGGAUUUUCUUUUCUACUGAUUUAUUAUAAAGCCCUUUAAAAGGGAAGUAACAAUCUGAAGGUUGGAAAAACAGAGACAGAAACUAAAAACAGCCAGCUGAAGAAGUUGCACCAAUUCAGACUGAAAGGCUGUUGUAUAUGCCCUGUUAUAAAUGCCUGCAUGGGGAGCAGAGGAAAACAUUUAUUGAGUCCUCCAGGCUAGAUGAAUGCAAUAAAGGAACAAUGCAGUCGAUUAUGUGAGUGUCCAGUGGAGUCCUUUCCUUUUCCUAGCACCUGGCUCCAAGUUGGUUGGAAAUCUUCACAGUUUAGUAAGCUCUCCUCGUGAACACGGGAUGCAGUCCUAUUCUGUGCUAUCCUCUUUUCCCAGCAACACCAGGAGAGAUGAGCGGCUUCAACUGGCGGCUCCUUGUGCCUUUCAACAAGCGCCUCAACAGGUCUUAAGUAUAAGAGCUUAAGCUGAGCUGAGCCCCGGUUGUGGAAUGUGUGAUGAGGAACAGCAUAUUUAUGUGCUGGUGUACAGAGCUCUUCCUGGACAAAGGUCGAUUUCCCAGCUCCUGGUUGCAUUUUCUCCUCAGGCAUAUAUGAAUAUCAAUUAAAAUGGAUAGGUGAAUUGAUCGUUCCAAGUCAGGGAGGAAUAACAUGCUGAACAUAGCUUGCCACUGCUAGUGCAUCAGGGAUGGAACACCCCAGGCUGAGGAGCAAAAUGUGGCCUCCAUGGCCCUUGGGAUUCUCUCAAGGCCACACCCCUCAGCAGCCUCACUUUGUGCUAUCCUUGAGUGUUUUUGCCUGACUGUACCUUUCAACUCUAAUAAUGGGUCUUGGUUGCCUAGAUGGAGGGAUGUAUGUGUCUGUGUAGAAAAUAGCCUACUGGACAAAGGUUCAUUUAUUUGUUCACUUUUGCCUCUGGCCUGACCAACCGCUGGCAGGAGACUCCUGAAUGGUGGUUUUCUUAGUCUGAAAAUGGCUCUCUGCUCCUGUUGUGUCACCUUGGCCAGCAACAAGUUUGAGGAAGGGCCAGUUUAAGGACUGGGUAUCAUGUGGUGAGUCCCAGUCCUCCCAAGAAGCAUGCCAGUCCCUCCCAUUAGCCCUGCCCCCAGUUCUUCCACAUACACCCCUUGACACUGGCUUGGCAACUAAGGAAUCAGCUGACAUUCCUCAGGAGGUCAGAUUUGGCCCUGGGGGGCCCUCCCGUUGCUAGUUUGUUGUCUUGAACAACAGAAGAAGAAACUAGUGCUUCAUUAGGUAGCAUGGGACGUGGAACUAUAUUUCAGAUGUUUAUGAAAGGUCCUGAAACCUGAAUUUCUGCUCCCUCUGCCCUGGUGCAAAGCUUUCUUGAGCAUUUGCAGAAUGCUUUUUUCCAGCCAACGCCUAUAGCUUGGUGUGAGGAAGAAACUGCUGCACCAUGGUCCUGUUUCUAUCCAUUUGGUAUUGCUAAUAGCUUUGUUGUGUGUGUAUAUAUGGAAAGGAAGGAAAGCAAAACUCUUAUUUGGCUUGCUUAACUAGCUAGCCUUUCUGUUUGCACUCACUGUUCCAUCAUUCUUCAGGUGAAGGUGUGUUUACAUGUCAAAAUGAAGGAAACUUGAUUCCAGUAGAGCUGCCCUUCAUUCCUGUUCUUUCAACAGUUCUGGCUGGUUCUAGCCAGAAUUAAACUGGAUAAUGCCUGUCCUGCCAGGCAGUAAAGACUUUUUAAAAACACAAAACCAAUUGUUAUUCAAGGGAAGAAGUAUAGCAUGCCUUUUAAACUUGCAAGAGCAGAUAGCAGUACUCCCUUAGAGCUCUAUAGUACUUGAGUGUUCACAAAAUAUUUUCUCUUGAAAAUCUACAAUGAAUAAAGCUGCAAGCUUGUUUUGGUUUAACUACUGGGAGAGAAUUUAGAUCACGGAGGGAUAAGAAUUGAGGGUGCACAUUUUAUUUCUUGAAACUGCUUUGAUUCAGGCAUGUUACCUUAUAUGAGAAUGAAAACAUAGCCAAGGUAGUCUUUCCUUUAAACACUGGCCGGUAGCUUAUUUUAUUACAUUGUGAAGUAUCUUCCACCUCUUUCAGUAUCUUAACAGGAUAACCCUAUCCUCAAUUUAUGAUAGGGUCGCUAUUAAAUCCCUUAUGCCACAAAAACAAAAUAUUAUGCUGGCACAUAGGAUUUAUUCCACUGAAGCAUUAGCAGUGCAACAAUGUUAGGCAGUAGUACACCACUGAAGACAGAGGCCUAGAGUUGGGGGAGCAACAGAGUUUAGCUGAAAUCAUUCAGAGGGUGGUCCUGCCCCUGAAGACAGUGUGUUAAGACAGCAGGAGAAGUGGUGCAAAUUGAAACAAUGCCAAUGGAGUCAAUGAAGAGCACAAAAUGGUGGCCUUCCCCUCCACCAUGUCCUGCUACAUCAGGAGAUUAGGAUUCCAGCUAACUUAGUAGCCAGUCACUGCACAUCAUGCAGUAUAUAAGUACCAGUUUGAUAACACUGUAUUUUGCAGAAUUUUGUAUAACUUUCUAAUAAUAAUAAUAAUAAUAAUAAUAACAACAACAAUUUAUUGAAAGUACCUGUUUUCAAAAUUGGUCAAGCACAGUGGGAGGGGGCAUUGAGUUUGUUUUAUUUACAGUAUUUACAGUCCACUCUUCCUUGAUUUUUUUCUCCAAUCCCAGAGUAGGGAGCAAAGUAAUAAAAAUAAACAAGGAACACACACACACACACAAACACACACACACGUACACGUAAUAAUCAUUUCAGCAAGUCCGAUAAACAGCAAACUUAACAAUUCUGCCAUAAGGCAAGCAUGCAAAAUGACAAUGACAAGCACUAAAAUUUCCAGCGUGACCAAAUACCUAGGUAGAACCAAGCACAAUACAUUUGAACCAGAUUAAACAACCAACAACCUUUAGCUUGUUUUACACUUAGAACAGCCUACUCAUGCUCCUUCUGUCUUUCACACAAAGAGGACUCCACUUUGUGCCAAUGGACUUUCACUCUGGCCUUUGAGUAACUUAAUAUCUUUUGCCCCACACUCCCCAACCCAUCUAGGCGUUCACCCUGAGUGGUAUGAACAGAUUGGUAUUUUUCUGUUUUAUAAGUUCAAGAAAAUUAAAAUGCCUAGUGCCAUUUUUAGGUUUUCCUGCUUGUGUGUGUCUUUGAUGUUUCCCAGCUUUAUCUACAAGACAGCUGAGAACCUUCACUGUGAUAAGACUUCAGAAUUUUUUGAGGCAAAUUGAGAAUCUAAUAUCUGUUAAGAGGAGGCAUGCCCCAUAAAGAGAGGCAGUUAAUAGCACUGUAUAAGGCACUACCAAAGACUCAUCUGGAGCACCCAUAUUUGCACUUGAUUCACAUGACUGAAGUAAAGCCUGGCCCUUGCCUUGGAGGCACAUGUAAUGCCCAUAACAGCUUGCUGCUCAAAUCUGAUUGCUCAAUUGUGUGGCUUGAUUGAUUUUGCUGCCCACAAUGUGGAUGGAAAAUGUUACUCACCGCAUUAGGCGAUAAAAAUGGAUCUGGCCCUGUGAAAGAGCAAUCAGAGAAUUAUUAUUAUUUUCUUCGUGGCAGCUCUAAUAUGCGUUGAACCAUAUUUCUCCGCAAGCUCCAAUUUUUGUUCAUGUGACUCACCCUUAGUCACCUGUGUCCUAGAAUGGCGCGACCAAACUGCAAUAUGUGGAGAGAAAGAUCCCCUAGAGUGAUAAGAGAAAUGGUGACCCUGUUCAACAAGACAGAGUAAAAGGAGCUUGACCUACAUAGGCUAGCAAACAGAAGCCUGAAAGAAGGCAUAAUUGGAUUCCAGAAAUGAAUGGGGGAAUCAGAGAGUGGAAGUAGCACAUCUAUUUCAGUUAAAGGAAAUCAAAAGAAGAAGAAUAAGUGUGCUUGUGUGCGCGCGUGCACAUGGUGUUUCUUAAUACAUUCAAUUAGGAGGCCAAAGGAAGGAUUUUGACCCCUAGCAAUGAAAUUCUUGAACUGCCUGUUUUCGAAAUUCAUUACAAAUAGCCGAGUUAACAAUUUGGAUUUUUUCCACUCUGCUGUUUAUAUUAUUGGGAAGAAAGAAAAAUAUUCGGUUUGCUGGGUCUGAUAAUGUAAACUCAAAUUACUGUUUAGCUAUAGCUGUUCAUAACAUCAGUGUAAACUAACCAGGGCGGAAUGAGGAUCAGGAAACCUGUGGGGAGAUAUCACAUGUCCUCUUAAAGCAGCAACAGUUGCAGGAAAAACAGGAUGUUUGGGUAGCUUUAGGUAUGCCCUGGGUUGAAAUAGUGUGGUAGCUAGUGAGCUAUUUUAUGAAGAAAUGCUUCAGAAGCAAAUAAGAGUAUAAAUGAAAGGUCAAGAUCUGCCCUCCAAUAUAUCAAAAAUCUAGUAAAACCCAGAUUUCUAUGUGGGUAAAGGUAAAGGGACCCCUGACCAUUAGGUCCAGUCGCAGACGACUCUGUGGUUGCGGCGCUCAUCUCGCUUUACUGGCCGAGAGAGCCGGCUUACAGCUUCCGGGUCAUGUCGCCAGCAUGACUAAGCCGCUUCUAGCAAACCAGAGCAGCGCACGGAAACGCUGUUUACCUUCCCACCAGAGCGGUACUUAUUUAUCUACUCGCACUUUGACGUGCUUUCGAACUGCUAGGUUGGCAGGAGCAGGGACCGAGCAACGGGAGCUCACCCCGUCGCGGGGAUUUGAACUGCUGACCUUCUGAUUAGCAAGCCCUAGGCUCUGUGGUUUAACCCACAGCGCCGCUUAAAAGAGCAAAGGGUGACAUUUUAUAUGCAAGCAGUGGGUAUUAUUUCAAACACUUCUAUAAAAAUCAGCCCAUAUCAUUAAACAUACACAAAAUAAUUCCUUAUGAUUAUGAGAGUAUUGCUGAUGAUUGAUAAUUACGGGGUUGGAUCAAAAGAGAUCCUCCCCUUUUCUUUAUUCCUGUGCCCAGCUAAAUCUGUUCUGAAAGGCUUGAGUGACAGUAGGUCAAGCAGGAGACAGAAGAGGAAACUGGUGAAAAUCACUCCCUGCCUUUCUGGGAGUGGGAUUGCUAGAUUGCCAGCCCUUCUGUGAAUGGAAAGCAUCAAGGGGGGCAAAGGCAGUGUAUUAAACAACCAUCUAGAUUUCAUAGACCGGAUAAUUUCCAUCAGGUUUGGAGAUAGUUUCUUACACGUUCUCACAUAUCUGCAUGGAAAUUGCUACAUGUUUGUUAUUAUCAAUAUUAUUAUUGCUGGUAUUAUUUCAAUAUACUAGCCACUUGACACACAAAGGGGUCCCCUAUAGAGCCCCUAUAGCUAAUGAUUUACAUCAAACUUGCCAUAUCUGACACACUCCAACCUAGCCUGUGUUUCUUUCAUGUCUUGAGCUCACACCUUGACCUGCCCAUCCUUUAAUCUCGUUCCCUCGUACACUCUCUGGCUACAUGACUUCCAAUCCCUGAAAUCAAACAUGCUGUAGGGUCUUUUUUCAACAGCAGAUAUUGCCUGUGCGCCAUCUGCACCACCCACUUUGAUUCCCAGGCAGGUCAGGUUUAAUAAGUUAACCUCAUAGGCCCCAAACAAACCAACAUGCAAGAUGUAUAGUUUUUAUCAAUAACAGCCUGUUUGCUUCACAGCUACUGUUGGGAACAGGACACUGGACUAGAUGGACCUCUGGUCUUGAUUCAACAGGAAUCUUAUUAUGUUCUUAUUAUGUCCUUAAUGGAAUAAUGCCUGAGCAGAAUUCAGAGUGCCAUAGUGAUUAUUGGUGGGUUGUGAGUAAAGAUCCUGCAGUUUAUCAGCUUUCUAAACCCCAUGGAAAGAACAGGAGUUUAUUGGUCAGAUUCUAAAUACUAGUUCAUUAGCACCACUAACAGGAAGCCACUACAGCUUUAAAGGUACCAGUCAUGUUUGACCCAACUUUUAAGCUUGAAGGAUGACCUGUACCAGAAAUCUCCUACCAGGCCAGGCCAGACUCUCUGAUUCAGAAGACUCAUUCCUCAGCAGUUUCUGUCUCCCCCACACUUUACACUCUUAAGGAGUGGCUUGCCUUGUGUGUGUGUGUGUGUGUGUGUGUGUGAGCUUCAGCGACUGCCACUUUCCAGGAGGGGGGGUCAGAUAGUGGUGAGAUUGGGGCUGUGUGGGUGUACCUGCAGAAAGCCAACCCACCACUUCUGCCAGUUUGUGUGGGCAGUCCCAAUCUUCCUGCUGCCGUGUCCUCCCACGCUUAGUAUGUAGCAGAAACAUCAGUGCUAGGAGGUUAUUACUGCAGCCCCAAUCCUUUGGGUGAGCCACUCCUGGUGGCCAGUGGCUGCAUAACAAGGCAGUGUUCAUCAAGUACAGUGGUACCUCGGGUCACAGAAAUUCAGGUUACAGAUGCUUCAGGUUACAGACUCCGCUAACCCAGAAAUAGUGCCUCGGGUUAAGAACUUUGCUUCAGGAUGAGAACAGAUAUCGGGCAGCAGCGGCGCGGCGGCAGUGGGAGGCCCCAUUAGCUAAAGUGGUACCUCAGGUUAAGAACAGUUUCAGGUUAAGAACGGACCUCCAGAACGAAUUAAGUUCUUAACCUGAGGUACCACUGUAUGCGGAUGAUACCCAGCUCUACCUCUUUUUUAAAUCAGAACCAGUGAAGGUGGUGAAGGUCCUAUGUGAGUGCCUGGAGGCAGUUGGAGGGUGGAUGGUGGCUAACAGAUUGAGGUCGAAUCCUGCCAAGACAGAAGUACUGUUUUGGGGGGACAGAGGACGGGUGGGUAUUGAGGACUCCCUGGUCCUGAAUGGGGUAACUGUGCCCCUGAAGGAGCAGGUGCGCAGCCUGGGAGUCAUUUUGGACUCACAACUGUCCAUGGAGGUGCAGGUCAAUUCUUUGUCCAGGGCAGCUGUCUAUCAGCUCUAUCUGGUACGCAGGCUGAGACCCUACCUGCCCGUGGACUGUCUCGCCAGAGUGGUUCAUGUUCUAGUUAUCUCCCGCUUGGACUACUGCAACGAGCUCUACGUGGGACUACCUUUGAAGGUGACCCGGAAACUACACCUAAUCCAGAAUGCGGCAGCUAGACUGGUGACUGGGAGUGGCCCCCGAGACCACAUACUACCGGUCCUGAAAGACCUACAUUGGCUCCCAGUACAUUUCCGAGCACAAUUCAAAGUGUUGGUGCUGACCUUUAAAGCCCUAAACGGCCUCGGCCCAGUAUACUUGAAGGAGUGUCUCCACCCCCAUCGUUCAGCCCGGACACUGAGGUCCAGCGCCGAGGGCCUUCUGGCGGUUCCCUCACUGUGAGAAUUGAGGUUACAGGGAACCAGGCAGAGGGCCUUCUCAGUGGUGGUGCCCGCCCUGUGGAACGCCCUCCCACCAGAUAUCAAAGAAAUAAACAACUAUCUGAAAUAAACAACUAUCUGAAGGCAGCCCUGUUUGGGGAAGUUUUUAAUGUUUGAAGUUUUAUUCUGUUUAAUAUUCUGUUGGGAGCCGCCCAGAGUGGCUGGGGAAACCAAGCCAGAUUGUGGGGGGUUAUAAAUAUUAUUAUUAUUAUUAUUAUUAUUAUUAUUAUUAUUAUUGUUGUUGUUGUUGUUGUUGUUGUUGGACCAUCAAGGGCAUAGGCAUAUCCUAUCCCACUUCCCUGGGAGCUCAAAACCCAGCAGGAGCAGGGCAUGCCUGCACCAGUGCAAAGAAGACCUAUAUAGCAAUAUCCUCAAGACACCGACAAUACUGAGAUACAUUCAUAUAUCCUUGUCAUAACCCCUUGCAAAAUGGUCUUUCUUUUUUCUUUUUCAUAGUCGUCAAACAUUAAAUGAGUUUCCUUUAUUUCUUUAUUUAUAGAUGCUUAAGCACAUGCAUGCCUUAAAGAUUCUGUCAUGUUUGACCUUUCCAGCUAACGCAUCCUUUUGCCAGAUCAUCUUAUUAUCACAUGCUGUAAACUAAAUGGUGGGACAGUAAGGUUAAUAGCAAUGAUUCAGACUAUUUAAGUGUCCUGGAACUUGGAAGACAUGCUGAAUGUUACAUCUCAGAGUAAUUUGAAUGGACCAGCACAACGGGGGUUGUGGAGUGAUGAAACUUACUGAGAGUCCAUAAUAUGAAACUAAAACCAUAAGCAGAAACUCUCAGAUAGGGAUCAGCUGAGAGACGGCACUAUGGGUCAAGUGGUGCCUCAGUGUGGAGUGUCACAGCUCAGUGACAGAGCAUGCAGCAGGGCCCAUGAUCAAUCUCUGGCCUCUUCGGUUAAAAGGGUAUCAGGUAGCAGGACUGGGAAAAGCCUCUGCCUAUGACCUUGGAGAAUCACAGCCUGUCAUAGGCAGUACUGGGCAAAGUGAACCAAUGAUUUGACCUACUAUAGUCUCCUGAAUGUAUUAUUCACAAAAUGCACACUUUGCAUACAUUGUUACUCAAAUAAUUCAUCUUUAGAGGACAUUUGGUACAUUUUUUUUUAGCUGUACUACAAAAUUUCAAGAAGUGCAAAAAAUAAAAAUAAAGAAUUACUGUGUAGCAUUCUGCAAAGUGUGAAUUGGGUUGGUCACUUAAAAAUAAGAGCUAGGCAAAAUUUUUGAGGAUUCCUAGUACUUUCAUAUGCUCCACUGAGGACCAGAGAUGCUGCCCUCCAGCUAGCGAUGGUGGAGAAAUUCAAUUCAGUUCAUGGUCAAAGGCAAACUUACUUAAUUCAUGCUUUGCAAAACAAGACGCAAACCAAAACACAGUCGUUCCUCAAAAUUUACCCUUCAUUGACUUUUGCAGUGCAGUUCUCCAGCCUAGUAAUGUCUACAAAAAUGCACAGACUUGCAUAGUCUUCAUGUAAAUAACAUUUAAAAAUGUGUUUUAGUAGGGAAAAUUGCUUAGAAGAGAUUUGCACUAAACGGCUGAUGAAUUUUCACGAUGUCUUCUCUUUUUAAAAAAUUGGAAACCGAUGCAGAAAUAUGAAGAACUGAACUUAAAAUGGAAAAUGAAGAAAAACAAAAUUCAACACAUUCACCAGCAUCUAUUCUUGUUUCGAUAAGCACAGUGGGAAUUUCCCCCCAUUGAAAAUAGCAGGUGAAUAGCUGCCUCUCUUCACAACAUAGUCCAGGUCAAACUUGCCCUCAAAGCUGACUAUUGGGGCUCAUCCACACUUCUGCUUGUCCCAUGCUUAGAAAGCAGAGGUCUCAGUGGUUUCUUCCUUGCUCUUGCUAUUAUUCCCAGGUUAAAGCCACUUUUUAGCUCUAAAUUGGAGCAAAUGUAAAUCCACGGAAAACCCAAAUGGCCAUUUGCUCCAACUGAGCACUCCAACUGAGCCCCUGGUUUUCCCCAAGGGAAAGCAGCGGAACAAGAGGAGGUGUGGCUAAGCCCUUAAUGAAAGACCUCUGUCAAACUAUAUGAAAUAUGUCAGAUUUGUUGGCCUUCAGAGCCAAGCCCCAAACUCAUGUAUCUUAAAGGGUGCAUACCAAUGGCAGGUUUAAAUGCUUCCUGUCUUGGUCUCGUUCAGUUCUUCAGGUAUGCUUAGCAGGAAGAAACAUACUCAGAGAAGUGAGACAGACCUCAUACCCAGUGAGACAGAUCUAGUCCAGUGCUAUCUGCUCUGAUUGUCCAAGGCCUUUUCCAUCACCCAAGAUCCUUUUAAGUGGAGGUUCUGGGGACUGAUGCAGGCAUUUCCUGCUUGCAAAGCAUUUGCUCUUCCACUGAGUUAGGUCCACUUCCAUUUCACCCCGUUCACGGUAAUUGAGUCCUAUCUGACACCCACCACACUUUUAGUCUAACUCUGAUUUUUAUUUUUAUUUAAUGGAAGCAGGAUGGAACCAGAUGAGGGUAGUGGGUGGGUUGAAAUACCACAGCACAGUUGAUCACUUCGUUUGAGAUCAGGAACCAGCCCUAUUUCGCCCCUUGACAGAAAGUGUCCUCUUCUCCUCAUCUCUGGGGGAGGCUGACAACGCAGGCCGGUCCUUGAAAGCAUGGCUUGCGUGACCUUUCCUCACACAGCAAGAUAACUUCUCUUCUUCUGUGUUGUCUUUCUUCUGAAUUUGCCAGCAGUGAGUCCAUUCAUUGCUCCCCUGGCACAAGAUGUAUAUUUUCAUUGAGGCUGAUAUCAAGAGUUAAGUAAAGGAACAUAAUGAGGGAAACAAACUCUUUGAACUCUGCUUUCCUGUUGUGUACUUUGCCCAACACACUGUGGCACCGUAUCCCUGGAAGGAAAACUGCCAAGCUCUUUUCAUCUCUUAAUUGCAACACAGUUGUCCUUUGCACUGGGGUUGCGCUAAUGAGAGAACCAUUUAUCUCACAUUUCAUGAUAGCCGUGUGUGUGUGUGUGUGUGUGUGUGUGUGUGUGUGUUUUAUUUGAAGUGUGAAAUAGGAACACUAAGAGUGUUUAUUUAGCAGGGAGAAAAUGCCAGACGGUUGGACUUUGCUUAAGACAAACUGGGUUCAGUCUGUGAUUGCAGGUCAGAAUGCCCUGGGCAAAAUACCACCCUGUAAUGCUAGCCAGCUCAUAUUUACAAAUAUCAUGUAUUUACCUUCACCCUGACCCGAUUCUCUGAUUCGCAGUGUGGAUGGGAGGGGAGGUCUAAUUUGUUUGUUUGCUUUGGCUUGGCUCCCAAAGCCUCUACAACAGGCAAUUUGAAACUCUAACAGAAAAGAGGCCCAGAUAAAAAUAAAAAGGAAUUUCUAUUAAUGGUUGACCAUUAACCAUUAAGUGAGCCUUUAAUACUUACCAUGUAAUGCCUUCUUUUUCCGUUCCUCCUUUUUAAGGUCUCUGAAAUCCAGUACUGGGUGCCUAUAAAGGACAGUAGGUCAAUGUGCGUGCGUGCGCACACGCACACAGAUUGAGACUGAGAACAUGUGGGCAAGUAGUUAAUCUACAGCUGCUCCUGAGACUGUGGGUUGUGUAGGUUCUGUCCCAAGAAUGCAACUGUUUAAAAAAGAAUAACAGUAGCAUCAUACUACUGAGGCCUGAUGUUGCUGUCUGUAGGCAUGGAUUUAUCAGGCUCAGUCUGACCAACUUUCAACUAUAUAUAUAUACAGUGGUACCUUGGUUUAAGAACAGUUUAGUUUAUGAACAACUUGGAUUAAGAACGCUGCAAUCCCGGAAGUAGGUGUUUUGGUUUGUGAACUUUGCCUUGGAAUAAGAACAUGUUUUGCUUCCUGUUGAGUGUGUUCCAUUUGUAAAUUGAGUCCCCCACUAGUACGGGAAAGUACGUCUUGGGUUAAGAACGCUUUGGUUUAAGAACGGACUUCCGGAACGGAUUAAGUUCGUAAACCAAGCUACCACUGUAAUAUAUAUUACAGGAUUGCCCCAGCUCAGAAUGCAGAUGGAGGAUGAUUGUGUGUUUAAAUAUACCAUUCCAUCAAACUCUCCUGCAGGUCAUCUAGCCUGUCAGGGAGGAGGUGAUAAAAGACUCUGAUGUGCUAAUGCUGCAAGCGUACGGAAUUUUUAUUUUUUAUUUAUUUUACAUGGAAUGGAGACAUUCAAAUGUGAUUCCUCACUUGCAUUCUAAGGUGGCAGAUUCAGAGGAUAACUGCACUGUGUUCAAUUUCAGAGUCUUUUGCUGGCAUCUUUUUACAGCAGUAUGCCAAGGGACCGUCCUGAGGGCCAGGCACCAGACACCCUGCUGAGGUUCCCAUCCCUGCCAUAGAGACCAGACCACCUGCCUGGGUACUGAGGUCAUUGUCAGAGACCCAUCCCUCGGUCUCACUGCUAUCAAAGGUGCACCUUGUGGUGUCCAGAAAAAGGGCUUCUUCAGUAGUCCUUGGAAAUUUUUACUCUCCAGUGAAGCUUGCCCAACACCAUGGCCAAUAUCUUUUCUUCAGCAAGCAGAGAUCUACUUAUUUUCCCAGGUCUUUUAGAUUGUUUGUUUUAUGCUGAUACUUUCUUUGCUGUUCUGGUUGUUACUUUUUUAUUUUAUUGGUUCUACCGUUCAUGGAUUUCUAAUCUUUUCCUGUAAGCCACCCUCAGAAUUCUUGCUGGAUCCAAAAUGUCAAAUUGCUUAUGUACAUUAAAUGAACUGAAAUGUGAAAUGGAACAGGAGAUAGGGAAGAAGAAAAAGUAAAUGCGUGUGUUUCAAAGUAAGUAUAGUAUGUUUUAAAGACUGCAAUCCUAUAUACGCUCACGUGAGCUUAAGUCCUCUGCAACUCAAUGAAAGGUACUUCUGAGCAGACAUUUUUAGGAUUGUUCUGUAAUUAAAAUAUGCUUUUAGUGCUCUUUUUAAAAAAAUAAUACAGUAAAUAACAGGUAAACAUAAUAAUGGACAUGCGAGCUAAUGAAAGUGGUGUGAAGGUAAUUUGUAUUUAUACCUUGCCUAUACAAAUAAUGGUUUAACUGUGCAAUUCUAAUCUCCAACAAUGAGCGAAUAUGAUCUUUUUUAAAUGCUCUGAUUGCCUUCUAUUUUAUGCUAGUUCAUAAAGCUCAAAUUCCCCAGAGAUUUACCCCAGAGUACAGGGUGGGUGGGAUGAAUACUUCUCACAUAUUUAUUCUUUUUUCUACUCCUCUGAAGCUGAGAUUUUAAAGGUAUUUAUGCACACUAACAAUCGCUUGUUAUUCACCUUGCUUUGGUGGUUGAUUUCAGUGUGAUUUUCUCUUUUCGCAAGCAAUGAAAGCAUUAAAUCAAACACACCUCUCUGGCAGUGUUAUUUUCUCCUUCAUCUGCUGAUAACCGAGCAAACACAGUUUCGAGGCUGUUUUUUCUCCCCAUCUCAUUAGAAAGAAAGAGGGCCUCUCCCUUCCCACCCCAGUUCCUGGAGUACAUUAACUUGACCAACACAUCACUAUCUUCCCAGCAAAUUCCCCAAGAGGCUUCUGAGGAUAAAGUUAGCCAUUAGUCGUUUCAUACUCCCCAGGCUCUCCUUUAUGCAGAUAGCAUGAAAGUUCAGUCAGGCAUGAAAGCCUUUAUCUGUGUACUAAAAUUAAAUAGUGUUUCACUUCUUGGGGAUAUAGCUGGCACUGUACACGAUGGCUAUUUGCUAUGCUGCAGUGAUUGGCUCUGAAAGGGUGGUUGUCCCCUCCAUCCCCACUCCGGCCAAUGUAUAACCUAUCUGGCUGGCUGAUGCUGUGUCAAUCAGUUUUUGAUAAUGAAUGUUUGUCAUCAAGUUAGGCCAGGAGGUUGGGUGAUAAGUGAGAUGCUACUACAGCUGCCAUCUCCUGUUCUUUUAACGUUUACCCUGCCCAUCCCCAAGAGGCUCAUCCCCAAGUUCCAAGAUGGGAGAUACUUUCCCCCUGGAGUGAUCCCAUGCUGCUCUGGUAACACUGUGUGUGAGAAUUAGACAAGCACAUUGUCAGAGACAUGAACAUGGAUUUUUCCCACCCAAUCUCAGCACUCUCCAAAAGUAUGCCAGUUGUCUGGGAAAGAGUGGCAGGAUUCUCGUGCUUUGCAGGCAGGAAGUCCCAGAUUCAGUCUCUGGAAUCUCCCAUUAAAAGGACUGGAUAGCAGGAGAACCAUUGUUCAUCAGAGUAGACAACACUGGGCUGGAUGAACAAAUAGUCUGAGCUGGAACACCACAGUUUCCUCUGCCUGUUCUGUCCGUGUGGUCAUUUAAUUGUGAAUGGCAAUAAAGAGGGGGAUGCAUGAGUGGAUUUAAAUGGGACCCAAUGCCAUUUAAGAUCAAUUCACAGUUAACAUAGACCAGUGAUCAAGGAGAACCCCAACAGUCUCUGUGUCCCAAGGCCUGGAGAGGCUGUCCUGCCGAUGGACCUCAGGGCCCACCUCAACAGUAAGCUGUCUCUUUCAUGGCAAGCCUGCUCAAUUCCAGGAUGAGCUGGAUGCCAGCCAAAAGAGCAGCUGCCCAGGCACUGUUGCCCCAGCAACCACCCCACCAGUACCUAAGGCGGGUGACUGCCUUGGGAGCUGUCUUAACUUCUAGUCUGCCAUUUAGCUCCCUGGGAGCUGUUACCUCCCAGACUCUUAUACUGUCUAAAUGACUCCUGCUUGAUCACUGGCCUACCUGCCAAGGUGUGGCAGAUGAGUGAGUCAAUUGAAACCAGAUAACCCCCACCUACCCAAUUUUGCAAAACAUGCAAUAAUUUCUUCCUGGACUCCACAGGGUGACUCUUAGGGCAACAGCCUUAAUUGGAGGGGGCACAAGGUGGAAGAUGAGCUGCCUAUCUAGCCCAAGUGACCGAGAGCAGGACCCUACUUACCGGUAAAUACUCAGUUUCCCUUGUCCUAGUCUCACGAAGGACGCUGGUCCUUGCUAUAUCCAAGUAGUUUCUGUAAACAUUAAUGCUCAUCUGCAUGAAUCCCAUUACUUUUCCUGGCUCUCUCUCGGACAUUUCAGUGCUCUCACAUGCUUAUAAUGACAGAGGUGAGAGUUCAUGGAAGAACACAGAGUAGUUUCUGUGAGUGGCAGUGGGAGUUUAUGAAUCAAGAAAGCUGCUUUGGCUCACGAUUCACUUGCCAUAUAUAGUCAGGCUUUAUUGGAAAUUGCCAUCAGGGCUGGUUGUAUGAACCUGGCCAGUGGGGAAGCUUACUUUCUUCAUUUUCUUGAAACUGGCUGCCAAUUUGAUCCAUUUUUUAAACCCCUCUGUGAAUAUCUGCUCAUGCUUAAUUGAAUAGCUGGAGCUUUCUCUUGUUUGCCCCCACAUGUUUUAUAGUCCUUGCUGAGAAUGUGAUUUUGGCACACGUAGAACAAGAGGGGACCAUAUGUAGGCACUCAAUGGGGUGCUUGCGUCAUCCAUUUAAAUUAGAAAAGAGAUUUGCCCCUGUCAUUGUCACUGUAAUUCUGUCACUCAGUGGCGCUUUUAUCUACAAAAAGGGUCUAUAAUUAAAACGAUGAAUUAAUCAUAAUGUAGGCAUGUGGUCAAGAAGUCUAAUCUUUCCCUGACAGCCACAAAGUGUUUUGACGUUAAUACACACACACUGUGAGCACAAUUCAUACAAAGCUUCACUGAAAUGAAUGGGCUUGCACGAUUGCUCAUGGCAAGGCUGCUUGGGCAGGGAAAGUUCCAGAAGGAAUAUGGGAAAAGUCCUUCAGAAAGAUGCUGUGUGCUGCCAUUCUCGGAAACUCUAGGCCUUUGUAUCGGUCCAGAUUUCAAAGGGCUUUUCACGUGGCAACCAAGCUGAAUAAAUGAUCUGCUAAUUUCUCUUGGAGAAUUACUAAAGCACACUUUAAAGGCUUCCAAAAUCAGGGCAGGGUUUUUAAAACAUGGUUAUUAUUAGUUUGGCAAUCCAAGUGCAUUAUACCAAAUCUUGCUCAGCCACAGGAGCAGCCCUUUGACUGAUCUGCCGAUACUUCUGAUGGUAUGAGUCUAGGUUCCAGGGUCAUCCUUUGAAGGGCAGAGAGGCAGGUGUAACUGCAAGUGGACUCUGAGGCUAGCUGAGUGCCAGCCCAGAGAACAUCUGUGGGUUUAGUGUGAUGUCUGAAAAGGGGCAACUGCAUAGCACACUUACAGCUUGUUAGAAAAACACUGGGGGCUAAUAUGAAUAGUAGAAUGCCUGUCAUCUGGUGGGUGGGGCUUUUGUGUUGUGCUCCGGAAUCUGCCCCUCCCUCUGGGUGUUCAGUUAAAGUUCAGUUAGAGAGGCCAACUGUCAUUCUUGCCUCAUGAUGUUGUCUUAGUUUCUGUCAGAUAGUAUGUUAUUGUGUUACAGUUUUCUGUAUUAUUAAAGCUUUGUUUGACAUUUACAUGAGCCACUUACUUUGCUGAAAGAAAAGAAACUCUGCUGAAGAAUGGUGGAAUAUCCUAAACUGGUGAGUGAGGGGAUAUUCUCAGUCUGACAAGAGGAUUGAUUUGUUUUUUAAAAAAUCACCCAACCCUCCACAACACAGCUGUCAGAUGUCCAUUUCAGAUGUUGAGCUGAUUGUGUGGACCACAGAAGGGCUGAGGUGGCAGGCAGGGAAUAUGAUGUCAGGGGAGGGUCCUAAAGGCAUGGUCCUGCCACCCCUCCGUGGUGUGUAUAUAUAAGGUGAUCUUCUAAGAAAAAGAGGCUGGUAUCAUUGAUUCACCUUGUGCCCAACAUCCAAAUUCAACCUAUAGAUCAAGGCAUACAUGCUUCUGCCAUUUUUGUUAUUUUGAGAUUUGGUUACUGUUUGCUUAUUUCUUUAUACAAUCUCUUACUCAAUCUUCACCAGAAGGUCCCAGAAUAAAGUAUAAAAUACAUCACAAUUAUAAAAUACAUAAUCAGGUUCCAGAUGGAGCAGAACAAAUUAUUAUCAUUAUUAAUCAUAAUAAUAACUACCCACGCUUCACUCUGUGGUCUCAGGGUGGGUUACAACAUUAAAACACAACAGUUUAAAACAACUUACAGUCACAAAAAAAAGGUGGUCUCCUAAAACAUAGACCUCAAGUGUCAAAAGCCAGGGAGAAGAGUUGUGUCUUCAGCGUUGGCCAGGAUCUGUACAAUGAAGGUGCCAGACACACCACCUCUAAGUGUGAACAAAAUCUAGUGUUUUUGCUUUUUCAGAUUUCCAACUUGCUACCAUUUUGUUCUCCUUCUGUGUACUUCUAGUGGCGAUGUGCAUGUUACAAUGAACAGAAAUAGCUCUGCCUUAAGCAAACAUUUUACUUCUUAUCAUGGAGCAAAAAGUAUGUGUAGGAAAUGGUGUCUGUCAGAUAAGAGCUGCUAAUUAUUAGGAAAUGGGUGAGCUCAGGGUUAGUUAUCAUCGGCGUUAUCACUUCCAGUUCACAAGUACAUUUUUGAGAUAUAUGUAUUUCGACUAUCACGUUAUGUGAAAGCCCUUCUUUAAAAACAUUGGUUCAGGGUUUCAAAACUAGUAAAUGUGUGACAGGGCCUAUCAAAGCAAAAAGGUUCACUGUGAUAGUUCAUGAACAAUAUAAAUAUUUCUGUACAUUUCUGUAUUUUAAAAAAUAUUUUAGUAUACAAUACAGUCACUGCAAAGUAAAGAUCAUAACAUUUUGCUUAUGGCAUCAUUUUACAUGGUCUUAAAACACUGGCAGCCUUUAUAGGUUCUCCACAGAAAGGUUUGUGAGGCUGGUAGGAGAGUUUUAUUUUCUUUUUCCCUUACGUAUGAAAAAAAGGGAGACCAGGUUUCAUCAAAAGUAUUUUCCUUUAUAAUUCCAUUUGCAACUCUUCCAAGCUCAGUUAGUCACUCUGAACUAACUACGUAUAUCCCAAAUACUGUUGAACCAAGUCACGAGAGGUAGCUCCACCUUGGCUUUCCAGUGAUACACUACCAUUAGAUGUGUGGCUACCAAUAAGAAUUAAAUCUUUAUGCUGGAUAGCAGGGUUGGAAUGUGAGUUUAGUGAAAGCAGGGCUAAGGCUGGGUUCGGCGAGAGAGGUUGUUGAACAAUUUUGGAGAUAAUAUUGAAGACUGUGGUGCAAAAUAUAUUUUCAAAAUUGCAUUCCCACCAAGCAUGAAAAUGUGUUCCAUAUUUAAGUAUUUGUGAAAUUUUGUAAGACAAAACCAGAAGGAAAUAGUACUUGCAACUGGGACAAAGUAAAAAGGAUGUGUAGUUUUCAGCAGCUGAGUUUCCACAAUAUUCUCUUGGAGAACUCAGGCUUACCGGUUGGUUAUAGAUCAUCUGCAUUGAUUGCAAAGUCAGAAGUCCUCUAGUUUAGUCAAUAGUCCAGAGGCAAGAGCUAAGUUUAAUUUGCCACAAUUAUUAGAAUUUUGUCUGAAGUGAUCUGGAGUGAAGGAAAGAAGUGUGGCUUGGCUCACCUGCCUGAGGAACCCACUUAAUUCCUACACGGGUAGCUUUGUGUAGUGUACCUCAUUAGCAUGUGCACACUAUCCUGAACUGUUGUUUGUAGUUUAAUCUGAGUAUCAGUUAUUUAGAAAAUGUAUAAACCAAUUUAACAUUUUGGCAAAAAUCCCAAAGCAGUUUUCAAAAAUUUAAAGACAGUGAGUGCAAAUGAUCUCAAUGCAUGGGACUCUCAAUCUCGGGGCCAUGGGCUUGAGCUCCAUGUUGGGCAGAAAGGCAUUGCAGGGGGUUGGACUAGAUGACCCUUGUGACCCUUCCAGCUCUACUGCCCUAUGAUUCUAUGAAAUACAUUGCUGAAAUUCCGCCGUUUAAAACAGGAAGUCAGCAACUGAACAGGAUAACAUUCUCAAACAUAAUAAUAAUAAUAAUAAUAAUAAUAAUAAUUUUAUUCUUUAUACCCCACCCAUCUAGCUGGGUUUCCCCAGCCACUCUGGGAAGCUUACAGCAUAUCUAAAAGCAUAAUAAAAGCAUCAAGCAUUAAAAACCUCCCGAUACACGGCUGUCUUCAGAUGUCUUCUAAAGUUAUGUAAUCCUUCACAUCUGGAGACAUCAUAGGCCAGGUUAAACAAAAUGAGUUUUUAGGAGACAUUUGAAAGAUCCAACAGACAGCGCUUCCCAAUUCUCUUUUGGAAAUGUAUUCUGUGAUGCUGGUGUUACAACAGAAAAGGCCGAUUUCUUCUCUUAUUUUUAUUAUUACUUGCAGUUGUAAAAAAAACCAGUUGAUGAUUGUUGUUGUUGUUUUUAAAAGCACUAUCCUAGGGUUGCCAUAUUUCAAACAGUGAAAAUCUGUACAACUUGCACCAAUGUGAGCCUGCCUGGGACCCAAGCUCAGCCUCUGUGACCCUGCUCGUAGACUUGCCACAAGGAAAAAUUUGAUUGGCCGGCCCAAGAGACAAGGCCUUUUCAGUGGUGGCCCCAUGCACAUGAAACCCUAGAUUUGCAUGCAUUGCAUAGUUCCUACACUGAUGGCUUUUAAAUGGACCUUGAAAACUUGCUUUUAUAUUCCAGAUGGCUUUUGUUAUUUAUAUUGGUACUACUGCUAGUCUUUUAAUGUGCAGUUUUGCUGUCUGCUUUUACACUUGUAUUAUUUUACUGUGCUGAUAUUGUUUUAGCUAUACUUGUGGUGAUUAGUCCUUGCUCUAGUUUAAAACUGAUUAAGCGCUGCCAAAUGAUAUUUCCCAAACUAAAUAAAUGUCUGCUGGGCAACAUUUUCAUGGGCAGAAUUAUGAACUGGCAUGAGAAAAUCUCCCUACUUGAGGUCUGGGUUGCAGUUUUCUACUUUAAUCACUCCUUUGAACUUCUCAUACAGAACUGUAGAUGCUAUUGCUCAGUAUGCUAAGAGCAUCCCUUAAUUUCCUCCUAGGUAACUAUCGCUAUAUGAGGAUGCUCAGGAAUGUCCAAAUUGCCACUGCUAAAAAUGAGGGCUAUUAGCUGUAUUGUCAAUAUCAGGAGAAGGACGCGGGAGAGUGGAUGCAGCAAAUGCAAUUAAAUGGGAAAAGAUAGAAGGGGGGAAAUCUCUAUCCAUUAUUUAGUUUUAAUGAGACAAGAGAAAAAUUGAAUAUAGAAUCUAUUAGACAAUUAGCUUCUUAAAAACUAGGGGUCCAUGGUCUAUAUUUGGCCUAAUAUAAUGCUCAUUUUUUGGUGUAAGACAGGAGAAGAGAUAAUUACUUCAAGUUCUGUCAUAUUCCAUCUGCACAGAUCUGCCUAAUUUCUCCAUUUCUCUUUUCCCCCACAUUGAUCCUCUCCAUCUUUUAAGACUUUGGAGUGAGAUGUGAGGAAAGAGACUGAGGAGUGGGAGAGUGAAUGAGCAUCAAGGGAUGGCUAGGGAAAGCAGCUGGAGGUGACAUUUAUUGUGAUGAAAGUGCUUUACGAUGAAACACAUCAGUACAGAGACAGUGUGGAAUGCAUGUGUGCAAACGGAAUGGCUGCAUAUGUGUUUUUGUGGGUGGUGUGGCAUUAGUAGUCACUAGGGAUGUCUGAGAAUUCAGAUGGAAAUGGCAGCAGAAAUGGCCUGUGUUCACUUAUUUGUCCCACGUCCAGAACAGAAAUCCAUCCAGCAAAUAGUAUUUGUAAUCGCUGCUGCUGCUGCUGCUGCUUUCAAUCCAGUAAUGACAUAUAAUCAAGCAUUUUCCUUGCACUGAAAUGAAUGGGGUGGAACAAUACAAUGACAACACAUUUUACACAAUUAAUAAGCUUCAUAAUUUCAGUGAGAUGAAUAAUGCCAUUCUUGGUGCAAGAUGAACUGAAGGAGAAUGGAAACAGUGCUGCAUGUGACGAACACGGGCUGGAAUAGAAAACUAUGCCUUCUUACAUGCCUAGUACUCAUCAUUCAAUUCAAUAGUCACUGACUGAACCCUUCAGAAUAUAUUUUUCAGAAGGAAAAACAGAUAAGGUGUUCUCUGGAGGAGGCUGGGCUAUCACAGAACAUGCCCAAGCAUAUUUAUUUAUUUUGCAACAUCAUGGGAGGAGUGUUUCUACGACUAAGAUGAAACUGCAGAGCUCCCUUGUUAUUUGUGCUAUUGGAUGUUUCAUGUUGUUUCAGUAAUCCUGUCAUAUUUAUAGUAUUGACAUAUGGGUCCGUCCCCCCCGUAUGUUACUAUAGUUUUAUUUUGCUAUGUUAUUAUGAAAUUGUUUCGUAGUGUCUGUUUGAAAUGCAAACCUGUUUCUUUGUCGUUAGCCACUUUGAGCAUUUUGUGUGUGUGCGGAAAAGUGGCAUACAAAUAAAAUGAACAAACGAAUUUUGCUGCCGCGAUUGUAGCCAUACAACAAUCAUAGUCAGCUGGCUAUUGCCUAUGAUGUCAUUUAUGUCAUGUGCUACAACUUCCUUCCUCCCAGUGCCACCUGUGAGGUUUGGAGCAGGACAUAGGGUUGUGUUGUUGUUUUUUAAUCACAAUCCUAUCUCAGAAGAAAGUCCUAUAGAGUUCUGCAGGACUUGCUCCCAGUUAAGUAUGUACAGGAGUGUAGCCAAAAUGUGUCAUGCUGUGCAUCCUCCAGACUACAAAAAUGGUAUUGAAGCGCUCAGCUAUUGAAAUAUACUCAGAGUCCUGUAGUGAUUUCAUGCUCUUUAUUGCAGCUUGUAAAACAGUGAUCCAAUUGCCCCCCCAAACCUCAGGCUUUUAUAUACAUUAUUUACACAACGAGUCCCGUCUGAUUGCCUGAUUCUGCUUCCCUCCUGGAGCCUGAUUGGUCUUUUCCUGCAGGCCAAUCAGUUGUUGCAUUCUACGAUCCUACCAGCCUAAUAGGCUGAUUAACUUCCUCCUGGAGCCUGAUUGGUCUUUUCCUGCAAGCCAAUCAGUUGUUGCAUUCUACGAUCCUACCAGCCUAAUAGGCUGAUUAACUUCCUCCUGGAGCCUGAUUGGUCUUUUCCUGCAAGCCAAUCAGUUGUUGCAUUCUAGGGUCCUACUUGCCUAUUGUUCUAGGAUCCAAGCUUAGUACAUAACAGCUAUUUUAUUACAAAAUAUACUUUGGCAAAGAACCAUCGUUUUAUUUCCUCUCCUACUGUCCUGGAUUUUAUUUUAGGCUACACAUCCUUCUUCAAGUGUGCUGGAGAACACAUCUAUCCAGAGUUAAAGAAAUGAGAAAGAGAAGAAGAGUGACCCAUUAUAUAGUUUCUCUGCUAACACAAAGCUACCCAACCCCCCUCCAUUUAUCUUUUAUGUUAGGGCAGAACCUAUCACUACUGAGACCAAACUGAGACUUGCAGAAGUAUCAUUUGGGAUUACGGUAGUUCCAUCUGAAGAAAGCUUUGUUUAGUUUUCCAGAAAGGUCCAGCGUGGCGAUAUUGCAGAUGCUGGCAUGGCAAGAGAGAUAAUAUUGUAUGUGACAAUGCUGAGUCAAUGCAAAAGCUAGAGUAUAUUUGUAGCAGGUUCAUCUCUAAUGCAGUGCACUUUGUAGGUGAACCCACAAGCCUGGUGCCCUUCUGUCUGCCAUUUACUAUACUGCUUAGAGAUGAAAAACGGCAUUUUAAGAGAACAAUUUGACUUAAAAUGGUACCUUUUAUCUGUGCCAUAAAACACAAUAGCAGCAGAUAAUGGGAUUGAAGGGAAUGCUUUGUUGCUGAUAAUAGAUGUAUUCCAAAAUAAUCUUUCUGGUCAUGUGAUGAAAAUGCUUAAUUUCAGGGAAUUUUAAUACUGGAUCCCAUUUUAUCAAAUAAGAAGAGUCCACCAGAUUAUAAUGUGACUGACAUGUAAUUGCAGUUUUACUACAAAAGUAGGUAUUGUUAUACCUGAUAAAGGCACUCUUAUUUAUUUUAUUUAUAUACCACCAUUAUUUCCAAAGGAUGUCAAGGUGGUGUACAUGGCUCUCCCCCUCCACAUUUAAUUCUCACAACAACCCUGUGAGGUAGGUUAGGCUAAGACAGGGGUUGGCAACCUAAGACCCAUGGGCUGGAAACAGCCCACAGAGACCGUUUAACUGACCCAUGAGCCACCCCUGAACUGAGCUGCCCACUUGGCAAGUCCCCACGUGCUGCGCUAAACCCGCGCAGCACAGCACGGGGACUCUCUUCCACAGCCCUGGAAAUUGUGUCUGCGCAUGUCCGCAGCACCGGAAAUCGCUUCUGCACAUGCCCAGAUGCUGAAAAUCGUUUCUGUGCAGGCAUGAUUUUUGGCGUCUGGGCAUGCGCAGAAGUGAUUUCCAGCACCGCGGACAUGCGCAGAUGCGAUUUCCAGCGUUGCGCUGCGCUAGCCUGGCCCAUGGAGGAUCUCCGUGGGAGUGAUCCGGCCCAUGCCCAGUAAGCCUUGCUGACCCCUGGGCUAAGAGAUGGAGAUUGGUCCAAGGUCGCUCAUGGCUGAGUGGGGUUUGGAACCCUGCUCUCCCAAGUCCUAGUCCAACCCUCUAACCAUUAUGCCACACUGGCCCACUUCACACUCACCUUUCCUUAAUCCUCAAAGCCUGGUUUCUUGGGCCUAUUUCAGUGCCUGCCAUACAACUGGGGAUAGUUUAGCACAAAAAUUUGCUCUCUAAAAAGGCACCGUUCAGGUGCAGCAGCCUUCUUCAACCUGGUUCUCCAAUCCUAUGCUGCCUGAUUGCUGUAGUCCAAAACAUCUGGAGGGCACCAGGCUGGGGAAAGCUGAGAUACAGCCUCUUCUCUAUACUCAAAUCUGUGCCUUAGAAUAAAUCACAUAAAGGAUACAGGGGUUGUAUGUAACAUGCUGACCUAGUGAUAAUUGCAAGCAACACUUCUGUCAGCCUGCCUUGCUCUUUUCUCCUGGUGGUGAUCUUGUAGACAGCAUCAGUACACAACCAAGGAUAUGUGACAUUUCCCUGCUGGGUCACAAGAAUGCAGCUUAGCAUUCUCCUUAUUGGAGUCCUCUCCUCACCAUUUCCUCUUUGUUCCCCCUGUAAACAACUAUUGUUAAGUUGUUGGUUGGUUGGUUAUUUUUUCUUUAUUUUAAGGAUGAUUGCGAUUUGGACAUUUACUGUAGCAGUCCCCCUCCCCUGGUACAGGGGCGGUUUGCAGGUGCUCAUUUUACCUCCACCAUAAAGUAAUGUAUGAUUUGAGUGCACUUUGUAGAAGACUUAAAGUAUGGUUGCCCCAUCUCUUUUUUUAAGAUCAGAGAGGUAAGGACCAUGCAAAACCAGCAGCUGUGCCUACAGAUGUGCUGCGAGAGGAUCACCUACAGUGUACAGUGGUGCCCCGCAAGACGAAUGCCUCGUAAGACGAAAAACUCGCUAGACGAAAGGGUUUUGCGUUCUUUGAGCUGCUUCGCAAGACGAAUUUCCCUAUGGGCUUGCUUCGCAAGACGAAAACGUCUUGCAAGUUUGUUUCCUUUUUCAUAAAACCGUUAAUACCUGGGGUGCAUUGCUUGAAGAGGUGCAGUUGCGACUUGACUUCGAGGAGCAACUCAUAGAACGCGGUGUGGUAGCCUUUUUUGAGGUUUUUGAAGACUUUGCUGAUUUUUGAAGCUUUUCCAAAACUUCUUUUGCAGCCAUUUGGUAAGUUAAACUUUUAAAACUUUUUUGGGGGUUUUUGGAUUUUGGGUUGGGGUGUUUGGAAUUCAAGGACUUGGUGUUGGGGAGGGGUUUGCAAGAAUCUGGAAGCUUGUGUGGAUUUUUUCUGAAUUUUUAUGAUUUUCUGUGACCAUUGGGCCACUCUGCUGUUGUUUAAAAAAAUUUCUGGGUUUGAAUUUCUGUGUGGUGGGUGACUGGGGGAACAGUUGAGGAGGGGUUUGCAAGAAUCUGGGAGCUUGUGUGGUUGUUUUUUUGAAUUUUUAUGAUUUUCUGUGACCAUUGGGCCACUCUGCUGUUGUUUAAAAAAAUUUCUGGGUUUGAAUUUCUGUGUGGUGGGUAGCUGGGGGAACAGUUGAGGAGGGGUUUGCAAGAAUCUGGGAGCUUGUGUGGUUUUUUUUUUGGAAUUUUUAUGAUUUUCUGUGACCAUUGGGCCAUGUUGUUUUUUUUAAAAAAAAUUCUGGAUUUGAAUUUCUGUGUGGUGGCUGGCUGGGGGAACAGUUGGGGAGGGGUUUGCAAUUUCUGUGUGGUGGGUGGGUGGCUGGGGGAACAGUUGAGGUUUUUGAAGACUUUGGUGAUUUUUGAAGCUUUUCCAAAACUUCUUUUGCAGCCAUUUGAGGUUUUAGAAGACUUUGGUGACUUUUGAAGCUUUUCCAAAACUUCUUUUGCAGCCGUUUAGUAAGUUAAACUUUUAAAACUUUUUGGGGGGUUUUUGGAAUUGGGUUGGGUGUUUGGAAUUCAAGGACUUGGUUCUGGGUUUGAAUUUCUGUGUGGUGGGUGGCUGGGUGCUUUUGAAUUUUUUGGAUGUGAAGCACUGAUUCUUUUUUUUUUUUUUGAGUUUGCGAAGGUAGGAGCUGUGCUGCCAUGGGACCCAAGAAGACUGCUGCUGCAGAGGCCGGCGAGAGGAAGAAGGAGAAGGUGAUGCUGGAAAUGAAGAAGGAGAUCAUCCGGAAGCACGACGGUGGAAUGCGUGUGACAGACCUCGCCAGGGAGUACGGGAGGAAUCCAUCGACCAUCGGGACCAUCCUGAAGAUGAGGGAGAAGAUCCUUGCGACUGAUGCAGCCAAGGGAGUCACCAGGAUCGUGAAGAACCGCCCAGCUGUUCUGGAGGAGGUCGAGAAGUUGCUGCUCAUCUGGUUAGAAGAGAAGCAGCAUGCAGGGGACACAGUGACUGAGGCCGUCAUUUGUGAGAAGGCCAAGGCCUUGCACGCAGACCUCGUCCGGGAACAGCCAGGAACCUCAGGUGAGCCAGAAGUCUUCAAGGCAAGCAGAGGCUGGUUUGACCGGUUCAAGGCAAGAUCUGGAAUCCACAGCGUGGUCAGGCAUGGAGAGGCUGCCAGUUCUGAUGUUCCUGCGGCUGAAGACUUUGCAGCGGAGGUCCUGGAGGCUGUGAAGACGGAGGGCUACGUUCCACAGCAGGUCUUCAACUGCGACGAGACCGGGCUGUUUUGGAAGAGGAUGCCCAAAAGGACUUUCAUCACACAGGAGGAGGCCAAGUUGCCUGGCCACAAGCCCAUGAAGGACCGUCUGACCCUGCUCUUCUGUGCCAACGCAAGCGGCAACCUGAAGAUCAAGCCCCUGCUGGUGUACCACUCGGAGAACCCACGGGCCUUCAAGAAACACAAGGUCGACAAGGAGCAGCUGAGUGUCAUGUGGCGAUCCAACAGUAAGGCUUGGGUCACACGUGUGCUGUUUGUGGACUGGGUCAAUCUUGCUUUUGGCCCUGCUGUCAAACAGUACCUGCUGGACAACGACCUGCCGCUGAAGGCUUUGCUUCUGAUGGACAAUGCUCCUGCUCAUCCUAAAGGCCUUGAGUUGGACUUGUUGGAGGAGUUCAGCUUCAUCAGAAUCAUGUUCCUGCCGCCUAACACCACGCCACUGCUCCAGCCGAUGGAUCAGCAGGUCAUCGCCAAUUUCAAAAAAACUCUACACCAAGGAGCUUUUCAGGCGAUGCUUCGAGGUGACUGAUUGCACCACCAUCACCCUGCGGGAAUUCUGGAAGGACCACUUCGACAUCGUCACCUGCUUGAAGAUGAUCACCACGGCCUGGAACGGGAUCAGCCAGAGAAAUUUGAAUUGCGCUUGGCGCAGCCUGUGGCCGGACUGUGUGGCACCAAGUGACUCUGAUGCACCAGAGUCAACAGUGGUGCAGGACAUUGUUGCCUUGGGGAGGACCAUGGGCCUGGAGGUCACAGAGGAGGACACCAGCAAGCUGGUGGAGGAGCACGACCACGAGCUGACCACCCAGGAGCUGGUCGAACUACAGGCAGAGGCUGCGCAGGAGCAGGCCUCGCUGGAAGAGGAGGAAGCAACUGAGGAACGGCUGUCCUCCAAAGAACUGAGGGACAUUUGCAUGAAGUGGAAGGAUGUGCAGGCUUUUGCACAGCGGCACCACCCUGACAAGCACGUGGCACAUGACCUUGCGAACACUUUUGAUAUGAGGGUCAUGUCGCCUUUCAGGGAGGUGCUGAAAAGGCGGAUGAAGCAGCAGACCAUGGACAGGUUCUUCAGCAAGAAGCAAAGAGUGGAAGAGGAACCUUCUUUGAGUGGUCCCCCAGAGUCUUAGAAAAUGUACUGUACACUUUGUUGAUUUUUAAAUGUUUUUCUGUCAUGUUUAGAAACUUAAUUUAUUGUUCCUUCAAUUUUGAAAUGCUCUUUACAGUAUGUGUGACUUUAAAGAGCAGUUAAUAAACUCUUGUUGUACCAAAUUUGGCUUUGUUUGGACUUUUUUUGACCAUAGGAACGCAUUAAUUGAUUUUCAAUGCAUUCCUAUGGGAUUUCGUGCUUCGCAAGACGAAAAAUUCGCUAGACGAAAAAACUCGCGGAACAAAUUAAUUUCGUCUUGCGAGGCACCACUGUAUAUCAGUAUAUAUACAGUAUAUACUAAAUUUACUUUAUGCUUGUGAAACAUGGACCACUUAUAAACGCCAUCUCCAACUCCUCAAAAGAUUCCAUCAACGGUGUCUCUGAAAAAAUUUACAUAUCACUUAGGAAGAUAGGCGAACUAAUGCCAGUGUACUGAAAGCUGCAAGAUCACCAGUGUCAAAGCAAUGAUUCUUCAACAUCAACUUUGUUGGACUGGUCAUGUUGUUUGGAUGCCUGAUUACUGUCUUCCAAAGCACAACUACUCUAUUCCCAAUUUAAGAAUAGAAAGCGAAAUGCCAGUGGACAACAAAAGAGGUUUAAAGACGCGCUCAAGGCAAAUCUAAAAAAAUGCUGUAUAAGCACGGAUAAUUGGGAAACACGGGCCUGUGAACACUCCAAUUGGAGAAUAGCCUCUACCAAAGGCAUCAUGGAAUUUGAAGAAGCACGAACUCAGGAUGAAAGGGAGAAGUGAGCUAAGAGGAAAGCAUGUUUUGCAAAUCCUCACUGUGAUCAACUCUCACCUGGAAACCUACUGGUAUGUCCCCACUGUGGAAGAAUGUGUGGCUCCAGAAUUGGCCUCCACAGUCACCUACAGACACACCACUGCAACCAUAUUCAUGGAAGACAAUCUUACUUGGCCAAGAGUGAUUACCAAAGAAAAUAAAAUAAAAGAGGUGGCCAACAGGGGUGGCCAACAGAUCACUCUCUAGAUGUUGGAUUGUAGCUCUCAUCAUUCCUGACCAUUGACCAUGUUGGCUGGGGUUGAUGGGAGUUGGAGUCCGACAGCAUCAGGAUGGCACCACAUUGCUUUCCCUGACCUAUUUUAAACAUUACUUUGAGUCUUGCAUAGCAGAGGGGAAGGGUACUUUGCUAUACCUCUACCACACAAAGCUUUUAUUGCCUGGUAGAAAUCUGAGCCAGGGCUUAGGUUUGUGGCAGCAUGAACUUUUAUAGGCAAUGUAUGUACCCCAUAGGGACAUGGGUGGUGCUGUGGUCUAAACCACAGAGCCUAGGGCUUGCAGAUCAGAAGGUUGGCAGUUCAAAUCCCCACGACGGGGUGAGCUCCCAUUGCUCGGUCCCAGCUCCUGCCCACCUAGCAGUUCAAAAACACAUCAAGUGCAAGUAGAUAAAUAGGUACUGCUCCGGAAGGAAGGUAAACGGUGUUUCCGUGCACUGCUCUGGUUCACCACAAGCGGUUUAGUCAUGCUGGCCACAUGACCCGGAAGCUGUACUCCGGAUCCCUCGGCCAGUAAAGCGAGAUGAGCGCCACAACCCCAGAGUCAUUCGCGACUGGACCUAACUACCUAAUGGUCAGGGGUCCCUUUACCUUUAUGUACCCUAUAAGGUACAUAUAUGAAAUGCACUCCCCAACCAUAUUCCUUUCCUAUAAACAAUUAUUUCUGUCUACCGUCCAUUAGCAAUUUGCAGAGUGUAAUCUACCAAGGGCAUAAUGCAACUGCAUAUGCCUUAAUUUCAGGACCAAGUGGCGAAGAAGACCUGUGUGGGAUUUCUACAUCUUUUAAUGCAUUUGAUUCCACAUUUGUUUGAAUGAAAAUCUGCAGCAGCACAGAAGAUCUUUCUUUAUACAGAGCCAAUCAGAGAAGCUGAGAGUGCUCUUAAAGGAAAAGGGGAGAACGGAUGUGGUUUAGUCUAAACAGGAUUUAUUUAAGGUUUAAGCAGACUUUUCUCCCUGGGGGAAUUAAGCUGCCAUUUAAAUGUUUAUUUCCGAAUAUUUUACACAUCACUGCAAUCACUUUCAGAUGACUUAAACAUAUGCAUAGUAUUAUUGUUUAUGCCUUCUGUCAUCUCAUACAUUUUUCUUCAGCUGUUCUUUAUUUUGAAAGUACUUUGAUGUCUCUUGAUUUAGGACUUGCCAAGAUGGGAAAUCUUAAUCAAGGGAGCCACUGCUUCAGAAGGGCUUUUUGGCAUUCAAUCACAGAUUUAUUUCUUUUUAAAAAUAAGGACGGGUAUGAGAAUAUAAACACUGAUCUCAGCUGUAGGAUUAUUUGAUAUUUCUAAUACUGCACCAAUUAACAUAUAUGAAUUCCAGUAGAUUCACUCCUAGAAAUCGCUGAUCUUUUGGUGCAUUUCUUGCUGUUAUCUUCUUCUAACAUGUGUCAUCCUUCUGAAAACUCAUAAUGGAGAAGACUCCUUCAAUAUUCCUUUUCACUAACAAUGCAUUCUGUAUCGCUUUCCAACAAAUUUGUCUCAUCAUAUGGAGGUUGCUAAAAUCAUGCAAAUUGUUGGGAACCUGUUUUGCAGACUUCCAGUAAGUCAUCAGCUUGUAUGGGUGGCAUGAGAAAAUAUCACUUCCUUGAAAUAUAUGCAAAUGUCCCAUUGUUUCUGAGUUAUCGGGGCCUUUCUAAACUAUGAUUUUUCCACACACUAAAACUGCAGUUGUUAUUCAUUCGUUGCAAGGCAGCCAGAUGUAUUUACUCACAGAACGAUCUAUGUUGCGAAGAAAUCACAUUUCCCCCAUACUCAAGCCACAGUAUUUUGUCAAUGAAAAAAUGUCAUUCUUUCCCCACCUUGAAUGUCAAAAGAAUGCAACCUUUUCAGAUGUGGGACCCACCAGAAACAGCAAGCUGCAACAGAGAACUCAGUUGUUUUCUUUAAAAAAAUUCUAUUAAAUCUACUGAAGACUUUGAAAAUGGCUAUAGUACAAAUGGUAUAACACACCAUUGAAUAUGCCCCCAGAACCACUGGCCACAGCUACAGGAUCUUCAGGUGGUAGAUUGAUGUCUUUAUCUUUAAGCACCAGGGGAUGGUAGUGGAGGCAGGUGCACUGUGGAAGCAGUGCUAUUUUUCUUUAAAAAAUAAUUAAAAAAAGAGAUGCCAGAACUCACCGUGAACACCUCCCUUGUUCUCUUAUACUGGCAAUGACACUUAUCUGAGAGGUGCUGGAACUGAGUUCCAGCGAGUUCCAGCUGAACCCACCCCCUGCAUACAACCAGUCCAAGCAGUGGGUCUGGCCGUCAGCACUGUCCUCUUUACUCUGUUUUCCCCUUGUAGAACACAGCAGGGAGGAGGAUGAAGACAAAACUACCUGUCAUUGGCUCUGGCUCUCCCUGCCUUCUGCCCUUCCAGCCGCAAUGGGCACCAACUACCACUGAUCCACUGAGGACAAAAAGCAAAAUUUUGCUCUCCUGAGCGACUCGAUGAGGAAAUAUUACAUUCCCGUGGAGUCAAUAUGAGUACAAUGCAUAGGAAGCUCAAAGUGGUUUUUUCUUAAAUGGCUGGAGAUCAUUCAAGGAUGAAUUUGAAAACUUCAAUUCUAAAGCAGGACUCCUGUCGUGGUGAGGAGGGAGAUGCCAUUUUGUGGUUCACCUCAGGUGCAGUAAGAUCAUUCAGUGUCAGUUCUGACAGUUAUUGGCAGCCAUUGUCUUAUAGGUGUGUGUUUUAAGUUCACUUGUCUACUGAGAUGUAAGUCGCAACUAAAUGUGCACAGGAAUGCAAACUAAGUACACAUUUUGGCACCCUUUCCGUGAGACAAGAAUCGUACUCCAAACUUUGGAGUAAUGCAAGAAAACUGAAAGGCCACUGCAUUCUGACCCAUGUAUUCGCUCAGGAAGUAUGUAGCAGGCUGAUUCACUUUAUCUGCAAAUUAGACAAAAGUCUCAAUCAUCCCUAAUUUAAGCUCAUCACAGCAAGCUUUCCCCACUUCUCGCCAUUGAUGAAGUACUUGAUAACACACCAUGAAAGUGACUAUCAUGGGCAAGCAAACAUGAGAUGGAAGCUUCAGAUGAUAACUAAAAUGACCGUGGUAAAAUUGUUUGUUUUCAAAGAAUCACAUGAGAGCAAAGGCCUUAGUUUACCAUCCAGCACCACAGAAUGCUCUCAGCUGGAUAAAUGGGCAAAGUAAAGACUUAUGAAAAUCCCAUCCGUUAAUCUCCCUAUGCCUUAAUACCCCAUCUGUAGAAAGGGGGAUAAGUCUACUCUACCUCACAGUGGGUGUCUGGAGGAUAAGCAUAAUGAAGGAUAUCCAAACUCACUGUUAUCAUGAUGGUGGAGGGAGCAUAUAAAUUAUUUGGACAAAUGCAAUUCAUGAAAUGGAUAAUGCAUUGAGCAUUGGAUCUCACAUUUUUAAUUUCAUGAAUCUCCAAUAAAAAACCAGUGACAGAUAUCAUAGGAGAUAGUCAGCUAUUUUUAACCUUGCUCUUCUGAGCAGGUUGAAUGGCCCUGCUUUUGACUUGCAUGCCUCAUUAUAGAGACCCUCUGAUAUACUGGCUUCAAUGUGACUUCCCUCUACCUCCAUUAUUCCAAACUUCACCUUUUGGAAGGAGGAGGUUUCCAGGCUCUUUUGAAAUGGGAGUUCAGAGAAGUCUGCUCCAAAAAGCCGGUGUAGGGAUUCAGUGUUUGCAUUAAACAUGUACAGAAGCUGCCGGUAACUGAAGAUGUCCAUGGAUCUCUUUGCACUGCCUUUAGGCAGCCGACAGACUGGAUUAUGGGAACGAAGUGGUCCGUGAGUCAGAUUCAGUGGCACACUCCAGUUCUGUUGUGUCACUCUGAUAUCGUGAAGCAUUUUAACUGGUGGUGGAAGCCAAAUUUGUAGUUCAUAGAAGCAGAAACCAGAAAAAAUUGCCUCACAGGAGUGUAGACAAGCAGCCUGGGUGUACUUGCAGAUGUUACAAUAAUUAAAACCUUAAAAUCUUUCCACCAAUGGUGCCAGGUUUCUCCCCUUCCCCUCUGUCCCUUCAAACUAAGGUGCUGAUAACUCACUCUAUUCAUACUCUUCCACACGGACCUUUAAAUAUUAUUUCAUGCAUUCCUUAUUCCUGGAAAAUAUAUAUUCACAUUGCCUCAUAAUAUUAAAUCCUGCCUAUAUGCAGUUAAUUAGCUAUAUGUGCUUCAACACCUCAGCACCACUGCUGCUCCUUUUCCACCUCCGCCUCAUGAUAGGGUUACAUGCCCUGGGUAUUGUGUUCUAUGGACAUUUCAAUCUACAGUAUUUUUAUUACAGGCAACGACCGAUUAACAAGCACCCAAAAGAUGAGUGAUUGCACACACGCACAUGGAGUUGAACCCAGAAGUGACCAAAAAGUGUCACUCAACACAUUAUGAAAUGGGAAGAAUGGGGGCGGGGAAUAACAAGGUGGGACACGCUGAUACACACUCCAGCGAUGCACACAGGGACCAGAUCAGAAUCCCUGAUCUGGACCUUGUGUCAAAAUGAAUUCUCUCCACCACAAAAAUGAGUUCCAAAGCUUUACUGCCAAACAGUCUUAAAUACUAGUUACAAUAAGAUAAGUGUUAUAAAAUGGCCAAGUAGCACAUUGCAAACAAGAAAUGGGGUUCAGUCCUUUAUGCUGUUCAAUAAACUUUCCACCAUCUGGCCCCAGAGGGAGAUGCUAAGUUUGUUAAUCAUUGCAGAACUUCUCUUCAACAGCUGCUGCUGCCAGUACUAGCCAUCUCCAGUAAAGCACAGGCUGGCUUCUCAUGUUUCAGCUUCCUGCUGUGAGAGCUCAGGACUUCCUGUUUCUGGUGAUGAGUCAUCAGGUAGUUUAGUGCACUGAAAUGGCAAAAUAGCAGCCUUCAUUGACUCUUUUGACAAACUGCAACUUUUUGCCUUUGGUAAACUGCCUUUACAGCAUUUUCAAUACAAUGCAUUAAAACACAGCAUUUUAUGUACAUUAAACUUAUAACUUUAAUAUGGAGCACAUGAAGGCCCCACCUUUUAAAGUUUUAUUCCAGAGGACAGUUGCAGGUGAUGUAAAAGAUCUCUGCCCGAGUACCUGGAAAGCUGGUAUGAGUCACAGUAGAUAUUAUUGAGCUAGAUGUGGUAUAUAAACUUCCUCUGUUUCUGUAUAACAGAGUGGUCACAGUAUAGACUCGGCUUCCUGCUAAUAGUGACAGCACCUGAGGCUGAACUUCAGGUGAGAUGAAUGGACGAGAAGAUUGAUUCUUAACUUACAGAAGAAGGUGCCUAGGAAGCACCUUCCCUUCUCUUCCUUGGUCUGAUGCAGACACCAGGAAGACUUCUAUUUCCAAUCAUUUCUUUGCAGGAGUAGGAAGAUGAGGAGCAGUGAAUGGGUAGGAACUGUGGGUUCUAGUGUUGGGAUCCAUGGGCUAUGCUAUCCUCGUAGACCUACAUUAAAAAAUAAAUUAAAAAUCCAGCUUUGCUUAAAGGAUGAACACCUAUCAGAACUAUCCAACACCUCAUACCAGUAAAUGAAUAGACUUUGAAAGUGUCUUUGAAUCAGGUGUGUGUUUGAAUUUUCACACUUCUUGUUCUCUUCCCCAUCGCAGAAAAAGUGGACCUGAAGAAAAAUCUCUCAAUGUAUGUUUAUUUAUUUUAAGGCGCAGCUGUCAAGUUCUGGCCUGACAUAUUUCUCUAAGAUCAUUUUACUUAGUACAGCAAUGUGCUUUUUUCCUUUUUGCCUGAAGGUGACAGAUGAUACUUUAUGAGUUUCAAAAAUAUUACCAGUAUUCAGUGUGCUAAACCAGAGAGUAGUCAUUAAGCUCCUUGUCUCCUGGUGCAGCGUUUGAAGUCAUGUGCUGAUAUCGCUGGAAUGGUGUCAGGUUAGAUCUGCGAAACCUUGAGCUACUUUGUUGAUGCUAUGAGGCAGCUUCUUCACUGUUAUUAAUGUGCUUCAUAGGCUGUAGGUAGCAUUUUGUGUCUCUUUCUCCAUCUCCCUUGGGCUCUUUGCUGUAAGCAUUUUCAUGCUGGUGAUGACUUAAUGCUGUACUUUCCAUCAGUUUUCUCUCUGUCUGCCAUUGUGACUCUCUUCCAUUUUCUGCUCCUGAAGAGGAGACAGAUCCAGUCAUAAAUGUUUUAAUGCUUGUAGUAAAAAACCUCUGAAAGAAUGACUAUAUACCGAAGACACUGCACAUAAUUUGUAAUUUUCUAAAGUGCAUUGAGAAAAAGACUUAUCUUUUUCUGGGAACUGCCCUGAGACCUCCGGGUAUAGAGCAGUAUCUAAAUUCAAUAAAAAAUAAUAAUCUCACCUCCUUUACAAAUCUUGCCUUGCCCAUCCUAUUUGGAUUCUAAAUGAAAUACUGCUGAGACCCAAGUGUGUUAAAAUGAUUAUCUGGUGAUAAUUUACACAAAAUAGAAGCCCCAGAGAUCUCUGAUCCAGCAUGUGAGGAGGGGGUGUUACUCCCCCCCCACGUGCUGUUUUCCUCCCCAGAAUACCCCAAUCUGCUAUUUUUCUCUGACUCGUCCAUUGCUUCUGAGUGUGGGAUGGUGCUGAUGCUUCAGAUGAUGUGUGUGGGAAGAAUCAGACCCCUUCCCCACACACCAUGGUCCUAAUCCAGAUCCUCAUCUGUGAUUGCUUAAAAGACAAUUAAAACAAUCCAGGGCCUAAAUCAUCGUCAAUAUGUCGACCAUUUCGGGUCUUAGAUCAUUUCAUUGGUUGUUGUUUCAUAUUUGCAAACCCCUUCCACAGCCUAGUUCUGAGGUAGUAAACCUGGACCUGUUCUGUACAACUUCAGGUGACAGAGGACAGCUUUUGUGACCUAAUGUCUUUUCAUACAAAUAAAUAAAUCCUCCAGAUUAAAAAAAAGAUAUUUGUGAGAGAGUUAGGCUGGAUUGGGGUAGUCAGUGUGGUGGUUCCAGAUGUUUUAAGAUGCUUUUAAAUGUCAUUACUGUAUCUAUCUCAUGAGUUACCCAAGAGACGGAAUUCCAGAGUACAGUGAGUGUAACGGCCAAAAAGACCCACUUCUACGUUGUGAUUAAGCAACCAUCUGCUGGUCAUAGAGUGGCCAAUAGAGUCUCCUUAGAAGAUCUUAAACAGCAGGUUCUCGUGUACCAGGGAGAAGCAGUCCAUAAGAUAUUUAAGUUUGUGACUUUAAUUAUCAGCAAUGAAACUUUGGACUUGUCCUAGUGGCUAAUGUGUACUCAGUGCAGAUCUUUCAACACUGGGAUAAUAUCUGUAAAACUGAAUGACCCAACUAAGCACCCUAGCUAUUCCAGCUUGCGCAGCUUCCAAACCAGGCCUAAGGGUAGCACCACAUAUAGCACAUCAGAGUAGUGAGAUUACCAAUGUAUGGAACACCAUGACAAGGCUAUUCCUUUCCAGGAACAGCCAUAGUUGGCACACCAACCAAAGUUGAGUAAUGAACACUCCAAACCGCUGAGUUCACCUGGACAUUUGGUGACAAUGAGGGAUCUAGCUGCAACUCCACACAUUGCACCUACUCCUUCAGAGAAUGGAAUUCUAUGUGGAGGGAAUUGUUUAUAUGGUGGCAGGGAUAUGGAAAGAAGCUACUGUGGGGAGAUACUGCUGCAGUCAUGAGCAAAGGCUCCCAGAAUGAACACAUCAUUGUGCAAGUUGAGCCCUCUCCAAGCGAAUGUACAAGUGUGGUCCUCUGGGGAUGUUCUAUGUCUGGAACCUGAUAUCAGUGUACCCCUCUAGCCCACAUCCCUGAUACUCUGAAACCCUGUGAGAUUGAGGUUCCCAACUACACAGAAAGCCCCACAUGCAUACAGCUGUACAUGCAUAGAGGCCUCUUUCCUGCAUUGAAUUGAACACAUCAUCCUUGGGCAGAGAAGAAAUGUUAUGACCAGCGAAUGGCGCCCAGUAUUGAGAGCAUGGCCAGCCAGCACAGCCAAGCUCAUCCUUCUGCUGAGCACCUGAGUGCUUUUUCUGAAGAGGGCUUUAAUGAGCAAAAGCUCCUUUCUUCUGUUUCCCAGAAGUUUUCUUAGAUGCAUGUUGAUAUUGGUAUAGGCUUGCCAGGCAUUGUAUUUAGACAUGUUACAGUUCAGCCUGCACUGAUGUACUUGAAGCGAAGGCCAGCGUUGCACAACUGUCAGGUGCUGCUCAGAUACACCCACUGUUGUGCCAGCUGAUAGACAGACACAUCAGCACACUUGGGUGUGUUUUUUUUAAUCUAUCCCCAGGCAACAUCUUGUUUAUGUGUUCUGAGAAAAAAACGUAUUAGCAUGUUUUCAGUGACACAACAAAGGCACAAUAUAAAAUACCAGGUAUGAGCUGUGAGCUUGUUGCUGAGGUUGGCACUUCAGUGUUCCUGUUUCCAGGGUUACAGCUGAUCUUUUUUUUAUGCCAGUUGUUCUCAUCAGUAGUGAUUUGGCUUUUCCCAAGGUCCACUAUUUAAGCCUACAUUUUUAACUGUCAAGCCCUUUCCCUUCAAAUAAGGUUCAUUACUCAUUGUUCAGGGCACUGGCACCCACAAGAAGGAGGCUAAAUUAGUGGCAGCUCUAUUAACAUUUAGCAUAAAAUGUGCAAACCUCCAUGAGAGUAGAUGAUUCAUUUAUCUUAAAAAUAAAAUAAAAAAAAUGGGGUUCUAUUCAUACACAGGCAUCUUCUGAAACUGCCAACUGGUUUAUGACUUGUGAAAUUCACAGUGCUUUUGAAAAAUCACCUAUGUGCUGAGCUAGGAAGUAAUCUAUUGUUUUAGCACUACUGCAAGACUGAGAAACAAGUGCCAACUGUAGGGGAAAUGACUAUGAGUGUCGUCCUAAGACUAUAAAAUAUAUGAUGCAGUGCAACUGUAGGAAAGCUAGAAAUGCCAUUUUGGGAAGAGGCCGUAGGUUAAUGGCAGAUAAUGCAAAGGUAGAGCAUGUGUUUCAUAUGCUUAAGGGCUCACAUUUAGCCACUGGGGUCACUAGUUAGAAAGGAGAUUGAGCAAACCUAUGAAAGAUCUCUGAACAAAUCCCUAAUGGAUAGUAGCCAGCUAGAUGCUUCUGACAAUAUAGUGGAACUUCAUAUAUUCAUAUGCAAGAAUGAAUAAUUUUGCAUACAAAUCUGUGUAUGAAAACACUAGGAGAAUAUGUUGAAGGCAGCAGUUGUUGAUAAUAGACAUUCUGACUGCAAAUGGAAUCAGCUGAAAUUUGAUAGGACAAGUGAUUUUAACAUGGAAACGCAUGGUUCUGGAAUAGGGUGACCUCUAUUUGAGAGAAUGGUCCUUUAUUUGAAGAGCUCCCCAAUCCCAAUUAGAGAACCCUAAGAAUAGGGGGAGCCUCAAACUCUCCCAUCAACAGCUAGCGCUUGGAGAGCCAUCUGAACAGUCACACAGGUCACCUGAUAACAUUCCUCCUUAGCCCACUAUGGUGAAACAUAUUCUAUUUCUAUUUAAAUUGUGGCGAUCUCUUCAAAAUGUGCAUCUAUGCAUACAAAUAAGACAUGCAGCUUUAAGACAUGCAUUACAUGGAGGUGCUGAGUUAUGCAGCUGGCACCUCCAUUCAAUCCCUGCUAGGUCUGAAUGUGUGAACCAGGGCACAGAGUCGAGGAAAGCAGGAUCCAGUGAGAAAGUUUGACGUAUGGGUGGUGUGCUGGUGGUAGGAAGGGAGCAGACAGGUGAGCUUUGGAUUCCCCAAAAAGGAAGCCAAAGAGAACAAGGAGGUAGUCUCCCUCCCUCCCUCCCUCCCUCCCCCCUCUCUCUCUGACUAUUAUUUAUUAAAUUUGUAUACCACCCUUUAUCCAAAGAAAACAGGGCAAUUCACAAGAUAAAAAUACAAAAUAAGAACAUAUUGUAUUAGCAAUCUGACCUAAUCAGCCAAGCAUCUCUAGGGUUAUAAUCUGAAAAAAUUCCUCACCAGUUCAUGAUGCAGUUCACAUUCCAUAGUACAUUACUACGUAUGUUGGGAUAUUUUGUGCAGAAUCAUUUUGAGCAAGGAUGCAUUAUUCUGAAAAAUAAUGAAAUAUUUUCGCUGAAUGCUUUGUUGAGUGCUCAUUCUACGGAAUGCUGGGCUGUGUUUUGUAGCACAGUUUGAAUGCACAAUUGAAUAUUUUCCUUUGUACAUUCUUGAGCUACUACUACAUAGAACAUGAGCAUCUUUCUUAGUUUAUUUUCAGCUGCCACACCUGAAAGUAACAACAUAGCAUGGGACUCUCUCCUACUGAAAACUGUAAGAUAGGAAUUUUUUUUAAUGAGUUUGGCUGAAUUAUUAUUAAUUACAUUUUUAUGCAACCUUUUCUUUUCUUUACAGUGACCCUGUGAAAUAGAUUAGGCUGAAAAUGAGUGACUGGCUCACGGUCACCCAGUAAUCUCCUUGGCUGAAUGAAGGUUUGAACCUGAGUCUCCCCAGUCCUACAUGCUAACCCCCACUUGCUGGAUCAUCACUUUGUCGUGGUGAGUGGGCUUGCAUGUUCCUAUGACCCUUGUGAGAGAAGCCGUCAGGAAUCUCGUACUCCCAGCAGGGUCACCCAAGGCGGUAAGGUCAAAGGAAAGGAGCUAGACAAAGAAUGAUCCAAGAAGUCCUCAACGGCAGAACAGGCGGAUGAAAACAAACAGUAUGUUACAAUGGCUGUGAAGGCCAUGAUCCUACACUUUGUCGAAGGGAAACUCCCCACUGGAGUAGAAAUCAUAUAUCGAACAGAUGGAAAGCUCUUCAAUCUGAGCAGGCUGAAAGCAAAGAGUAAGGUUAGUGUAACUUCUGUCCUAGAGCUUCAGUAUGCUGAUGACAACAUAGUGUGCGCACACUCAGAGGAUGACCUCCAAACCAUCCUAAAUAUCUUUGCAGAAGCUUACGAAAAGCUUGGCCUAUCACUCAACAUCCAAAAAACCAAAGUGCUGCACCAACAAGUACAAAAGAACCCCUCUGCAGCGCCACAAAUCCAACUCAGUGGUGUAAUGUUGGAAAAUGUUGAUCACUUCUCCUACCUAGGCAGUUAUCUUUCCACAAGGGCCAACAUUGAUGCCGAAAUCCAGCAUCGCCUGAGCUCUGCGAGUGGGGCUUUCUCCCGAUUGAAGUGCAGAGUGUUGGACGACUGGGACAUUUGCAGGGAAACCAAAAUGCUUGUUUACAAAGCUAUUGUACUACCAACCUUACUAUAUGCUUGGGGAACAUGGACCACUUAUAAACGCCAUCUCCAACUCCUCAAAAGAUUCCAUCAACGGUGUCUCUGAAUUUUUUUACACUCACUUGGGAAGACAGGUGAACUAAUAUCAGUGUACUGGAAGAUGCAAAGAUCACCAGUGUUGAAGCAAUGAUACUUCAACAUCAACUUUGUUGGACUGGUCAUGUUGUGUGGAUGCAUGAUGAUCGUCUUCCAAAGCAACUGCUCUAGUCCAAACUUAAAAAUGGACGUAAUGCUGGUGGUCAACAAAAUAGGUUUAAAGACUAUCUCAAGGCAAAUCUAAAAAAAUGUAGUAUAAACACUGACAACUGGUAAACACUGGCCUGCGAGCGCUCCAGUUGGAGAACAGCCUUUACCAAAGGUGUCAUGGGCUUUGAAGAUACCCAAACUCAGGACGCAAGGGAGAAACGGGCUAAGAGAAACGUGCAUGCUUGGCAAAUCCACACCGUGAUCAACUCCCACCCGGAAACCAAUGUCCCCACUGUGGAAGGAUGUGUGGAUCCAGAAUUGGCCUCCACAGUCACUUACAGACUCAUUGUUAAAACUGUGUUUAUGGAAGACAAUCUUACUUGGCUACGAGUGAUCGCCAAAGAAGAAGAUGACAUGCUAACCACUACACCAAGCACCACUUUGGCUCUGACUCAUAGAAUCAUAGAAUCAUAGAAUCAUAGAGUUGGAAGAGACCACAAGGGCCAUCGAGUCCAACCCGCCGCCCAGCAGGAAACACCAUCAGAGCACUCCUGACAUAUGGUUGUCAAGCCUCUGCUUAAAGACCUCCAAAGAAGGAGACUCCACCACACUCCUUGGCAGCAAAUUCCACUGUCAAACAGCUCUUACUGUCAGGAAGUUCUUCCUAACGUUUAGGUGGAACCUUCUUUCUUGUAGUUUGGAUCCAUUGCUCCGUGUCCGCUUCUCUGGAGCAGCAGAAAACAACCUUUCUCCCUCCUCUAUGUGACAUCCUUUUAUAUAUUUGAACAUGGCUAUCAUAUCACCCCUUAACCUCCUCUUCUCCAGGCUAAACAUGCCCAGCUCCCUUAGCCGUUUCUCAUAAGGCAUCGUUUCCAGGCCUUUGACCAUUUUGGUUGCCUCACGUCCCACUGCAACAAUCUUAGACUACAGGGUCUCCUCAGACCAAAUUAAUGCAGCUAAUUCAGAAAAAGAGACUUCAGUAUUGCAUCCUCUAGCUAAAAGAAAUAAAUAUAGUUUUAACUGUAUGAGCUAGACUCUUUUAUAAACAUUGGCUAUUCCUGGACUCCCAAGUGGCUAGCUUGGUGAAAUAAAAUGAAAGCUCUUGUACUUUUAAAUAUUAGGUGGAACAAUCCAGAAACAUUGCUGUUGUAGCAAAACAUAACAACACACUUUAUUUUCUGGGAACUGCACAAUUUUUAAAAAAGAAACAUACACUACUGUGGUUCAGUACAUGGCUUUGGCAAUAAGGCAGAAUGCUUGAUGGUUGACCAGCCAAGUGAGUCAGGGGCAGAAGGUCAUAUUUACUGCGGUAGAUUUUUUAUUUUUAUUUUAAAUGUGGUUUUUCAUCUGAUAUGUGCCCCUCCUGUUCUCCUUAAAGCAAAAGCCAGACUUUUGAUUCCCCUCUUCCAGUGUGAAAUUUACAUGUGAGGUUUACCCUGUUUUUACACACAAGGGGCCUGAUCCAAACAUGCUUGUGAACAGCGUGGCAUGCUGCACAGCCAUUCUUUGUCCAAAGGUCCCCAUUUCUAUAUUCAGAUAGGUGGUGGGACAAGGAAGCUUGACAACUUGCUGAAAAGUUCUUUUUCCCUCCCAUCCUCCUACUGCAGCAUUAUUGGGAAACAUGCCAGAGUCUGGCUUGCUGUGGCAGCUGAACCUGAGCUCAUGGUUUUUUGCUCUCCAAACCCACAAACCCAGGUUCAAACAUUGCAAUGAGCCCAACUCUGCAGCAGGAGUAGGAGCAGGGCCACUGUGGACCUGUAAACUGAUGUUGCCUGCAGUGGCCAGCUCUUCCUCUGCUCUUCCUUCACUAGCCACAAAGGACCUUUACUGCAUAUUUUCCCCACACUCCUUUGAGUAAAAUGGAAACUUUAUAAUACACUAUCAUUAAAACCACACAAGUAAUUUUUCCUGGAUUAGCAAAAAGCAAAUACACAAAGGCAACUGUAAGGCAUGUAUUUACUGGGCAAAAAUGAUCCAAAGCAAAAGACUUUUCCAGGCACAAUUUUUAUUCACUCGUUUCAAAUCUUACAUUUGGACCAGCUGUGGACCUACAUUUCUGGGUCCUGAAACUUGAUCUGCUAUGUGGGCCCUUUCACAAGCAGCAAUGAGGUCUAGGUAACCACUAUUAUCUUCUUCAAUGGGGCUGCACAGCGACAGAUCACCGCCCUUUUACAACAUUACACCCCAGUGCUAUUUUUCUAGAAAAAGGGGUGCCGGAAGUCACCACGAACUCCUCCCUUGUUCUCUGGCACCCACCUGAGAGGUGUCAGAAUUGAGUUCAGUUGGAAAAAAACCUGGUGCUGCUGACUCUCAAACUUUGGGAUUGUUGAAAUAUAUACAACUAAAAAUUAAUCAAUACUAGACCCAUUUUUUAAAAGCAAUGUGAACUGAAGUUGCUUCUGGGGCCACUCUGGGUUUAGAGCCCUUGUUAUUACUUUCCUAGCAGAUCUGUCCCUCAUUUGGACAUCUUGUUUGCCAUACCAAGAGGGUUGAAAAUCCUAGAUUACACAUUGAUAGGACACAUUAUAUUGAUGCUAUCUAAAUAAUGGUGCCUUUUCCCAAGCUGUAUAGUGGUAAGGUGCUAAAAAUUUGCUCUGCCUUAUGUGGAAAGGUUUUACCCAAUGGUAUAUGAUCACGAGAGUCCUGUGGAUUGCAGUGGUUUUACUACAUUUCAGGGAAUUCACAUAUACUUAUAAACUAAGUUUAAGCAUCUUACACCAAAGAUAAUUUAAAUAUGCAGUUGGGUUUGUUUGUUUUUUUAGUCCCAAUCACUGUGUUGUUUGUUUUUAAACUAUCAGAGAUCAAUUUAAUAAUGUGUCCUCCUAAUGUUUUUGCUGCUUCUGCUUCUUAUUAGGUUUUGAAGACAUCUCUGGUUACACGUGUACGGACACAUGAAUCGUAUCUCUAAAUAGCUCUGAUUAGACUGUGUGGAAAUGCCUCAGAGAUGCCUUCUUCCUUUCCCACAAUAACUUUCCAGAAGACAGAACAUCUUGCUGUCUGGACACGUUAAACCUUUGGAUGAGGUAAUAUGAAAAUUCUUCUACUGCUCUUAUUUCCACUUGUGUAUGUUUUUCCUGGCUCAGAAUCAGUGACCCAGUUAUUGUAGCUCCUUAGUUCUUGUACUUCUUCCAAAGUAUUUUGUUUAUCUUUGAGCCUGCGAGCUCAUGUGUGUGCACACACGUUUUUCCUUUCCUGCCCUUUUGCCUCUUCCUCACAGUAGAUCUGAGAGGUGUGGGAGGUUGGCAGCAAUUACCGUACGCUAAUGUUGCACUUUGUGCAAAAGAGUGAACUGUGGGAAAGGGCAAUGAAUGCAAGGAGUAAGGAAACAGGUCCACCAGAUAUCACGGGCCAAUCUCCGUUGCUAUGUUUGGGUCAAUAUGUGGGAGCUCUUGUACCUAAGACUGAACUUAGGCUUAGGAGGCAGGUAGAUUUUAAGGGGUCCCACCACUUCCCCAUUUCUCAGACUUGAGAUAGACUCAGUGGUGUAGCGUGGGGGUGUAUGGGGGCAGUGGCCCCGGGCAUGAAAUCAGCUCAAUACAGCUGUGUGCUUCCAUCGCUGGGCUCUGUUAAAAAUGGCUUUUCCAUGCCAGUCAGGAAUCUUCUUCUUCUUCUUCUUCUUCUUCUUCUUCUUCUUCUUCUUCUUCUUCUUCUUCUAUCUCUCCAGCUGCAAUCUCCAGGGUGGCACAGACACUAUUUCAUACAUACCCCCUCCAUUUCCCUCCCACCCACCCCCAACUCUGUGCAGCCUUGGGUGAUGGCAACCCAAGCUACACCACUGGAUAGACUUACUGCAGGAAGCAUGCACCAUCUGGAGAGGAUGUUUGAGCUUCUCCGUGACAGAAGCUUCAAUGUUCUGAAAUUCAAUGUUCUGUGUUCCUCUUUUGUGUGGAGUAGGAGGUAAAAGCAAUGUGGUCUCGGGUCUCUUUGUGGCAUUGGCUGGCAACAGAACUAGUAGAAGUCAACUUGUUUGUCUGCAUUCCCAUUUGUGUUAACAAAUAAGCCCUGUGCAUCUUAUGGACUCUGAGGACGUAUCAUGUCCACGUCUAUGCUUAUCAUUUCUUGAGGUGCACUGACAAUAUUGUGCAGAAGACAAAGCGAUACUUUUGCAGCGAUGCCCAUUUCCCAUAAUAAUUUUUCAGACUCUUUGCUGGCCUAGCACUUGAAAGCCUGCACUUGAAAGGUUUCUAAUAGCCUCUCAGGCACAAUUAAAGCUUCUUCUUCUUCUUUAAAGCCUAAGUGGUUUUGGUCCACUGGCUUCAAAGAGCCAGCAUGUCCCAUCAUGUUCUUGCUGAUCCGUUGAGAAGGUCCUCUUGAUCAUGCCACACAUCAUAUGCACCAAAUCCAUACGCAGACACAAUUUUUUUACACAAAUAAGGAAUAACCUUUUUUUGGAGACUUGCAAAUAUUUGGGGAGGGCUUUACAGUCUUUUUUGCAGCAUGGGAUGGGUAAAUAGGUGGCUGACGUUGCAAUCACUUACCUGAGAGUCCCAAGGAACAGAAUGACCUUAUUUCUGGAUUGCACUGAAGGAAUAUUUGGAAGGACUAGAAAAGCAUUGCUUCAUUUAUUAUAUAUGAAAGCUGCUAAUAUGCACUAUCAAAACCAAAUCUUGCAUGCAUACCCUUCCAAGUGUCCCAAAGCCAAAGCUCUAGUACUGCCCAUUACUGGCUUUGGUCCCACCAAAAGCUACCCCACAGCCCCACAAUAGAUUAUCCAUAAAGGAAGGUGGCCCUAGGAAGAAAAUAUUGCCUACCCCAGGCUUCUAUGGGUAGCAAAACAGGGGCAUCUUAUGAAGAUAAUAGGCGUAAUUGCCCCAUUCUCUUCUGAAUGGACUCUCAUGUUUUUAGCAGCUGUAUUAGCAUACAAUGUACAUUUUGUACAGCACAAUGUACAAUUGCAGCACAAUGUACAUUUUGUACAGCCAAGGAUUCACCCCCACAUUUCUGCUCCCAUGAUCCUCUUUCUUUCUCUCUGCAGCACCACUGCUGCUACUGCUACGGUCACCACCAUUUCCCCCCGGUGUUGAUACUGCGCUUGUAACAAACAGCAGUGCAACAGGCAGAAAUCUCAUGAGAAGACAAGCAGUAUUUGUUGAAUGUUGGUCUGCCAUGCUGUUGCUACAAGCAAGAGGAGCUGCCAGGUGUCAGAGGGCGGGGGCAGUGAGAUGGUAACUCUCAUAAUAAUACUUUUUUUUUUUUGCAAGGAAGGAAUAUCUCAACAGCAGACAAAGAUGCUGGGUGACUCUUUAGCUGUGUAAAAUAUGUGCAGCAUGUCAUUCCUAAACUUCGGAACUUAAUUCAGGGUUUUGGUACCCCCUGAAUUAGACACUCUUCGUGCUAGACAGGAAAUUAGCUGGAGACAGCAAUCUUUUGGAAUGAAGGAAGACUAAAAAUUAAAGGUAUUCUGGAGUUCCCCCUUCCUCUUUUUUUUCUUUUAAAGAAUGCAUACCUUAAUCUAUUCAGUGAUGGCAGGAGGGAUAGAUUUUGACUCUACACAAAUAUCAGAUGGUUAAAGCUCCCUGUUUUUCAUAAGCAAGACAUUCCAGGACUAGUAGGUACAUGUUGCCUAUUCUAAAGUAGAACAUGCUUGGGCCAGUAACAGAUAGACAAAGGAUAAUCACGACAGGGAAUUUCCUCCUCUGCCUUUCAUAUUUUUUCAAUCGUUUUGUUCAAGUAUAUGCAUGAGGAAACCUAUUGAAAUGUAUCUGGGUUGUUGUUGUUGUUUAAAAACAGUCCUCAUGGAAAGAGCGUGUGAAUGGUUCAUCCAGUGCCACGCUGCAGCUCCAGUCAUUGCAUGAUGGGCAGUACAGAGUUUGACAGAAGCAGGGGUUGUGUGGUUCAACCUCCUUGCUCAGAAGCAGAGUGAUCCAGCUACAAACACGUGCACACCCCAUCCAAGCAAGCUGUGCAACCCAAACCACAGUGCACCACAAGCCAAGAGCAGGUCACUGCAGUGAAGUUUAGGCAACCCAAAUGGCUCACAAAGCAAGCCAAGACACACAGCUACUGUGUUCCUCUCACAUCAGGACCACUGUGGCAUGGAACUGGAAGCAACAUAGCAUGCAUGGCUACACUGGUGCUCAGUCUGCCAUCUGGAUUCUCUGGCUUGCCAGCACAUAUUUGCAUUACUGAAGAGGAGAGCUGUUACAGGCGGGUUACAGCCAGUUUUAGGCUUAUUCAUAUACUUAACUAAUAACCAGGGAGAAAUUAAUGCAAAGGCAUGCCUGGGUGAACAGUCGCAUUUCCAUCACACCAAAGUGUCUCCAUCAUUUUUCUUUUUACAUUUUGCUGUUGUUGUUCUUUGAGGUUUGUGUGCUCCCUUUUCUGGGGCUAGAGGACAAAUCUAUCCUAAUUUCUUAAUGAGGCUAGCAGCAGUAUGACUGCCAAUAUACUCCCUCCCCACCACUGUUGCAUUAUCACACUACAGUCUUUUGAAUGUUUUCCCACCUUGUGAUGUUUUAUAGGAAAGUGUAGUCUAGAAAUGCUGGAAUUAUGAGCAAAAACUUAAGAUGUAAUUGAGGCAUGCAUUCAUUAGUCCUCGGGAGAAGCCUCAUUACUUUGCAGCAGCGCGAUAAAAGACAUUUAUUUGUUUAUAUAAGAGACCCGUUGUGGUGUGGUGGUUAGAGUGUGGGGCUAGGACCUUGGAGGCCAGAGCUUAAAUCCCUGCUCAACCAUAAAGCUCACUGGUUGACCUUGGUCCAGUCACCAUCUCUCAGCCUAAACUGACAGGGUUAUUUUGAGUGUAGAAUGGGAGAGAGGGGAGAACCAUCAUGUAAACCACUGUGAGCUCCUUGGAGGAAAGUAGUGGUAGAAAUUUAGUAGUAGUAAUAUAUGAAAUCACAUCCACCCAAUUCAUGCUGGCUGGAGCUGAUAGGAGCUGGAGUCCCUACUGCUGAUGUUCAGUGCAGAUGAGUUACAUUCUUAAUGUCCUUCUCUUAAAAGAAACAAAACCUUCAGACAGAAACAGAGAGGUGCUUUGCAGAAACGAGAAUGGAAUGGGAGCCUGGAAUUAUGCUGGACCACUAUAUUAUAGGCUGUAAAGGAGGAUUUGGGGGGAGGGGAAGCCCCCCCCCCAGUGCAACUGCCCCCACUAGGCUCUUCAUCUGAAUUUGAUUUUGCAUUUAUGCACUUCAGCUCUUUCAUGCAUUGUAUAAUAGAGAAAUGACAAAUUAAUUGCAUGCUUCUCCCUCCCUUUUGUGGAUCUAUUUAUUAAAACAUGUGAUGCCAACUCAGCUCUUUGGAAUAGAUGGUGCAAAGGCACUUUAAUAAUUACUAUCAUUCUGGGAAGCCAGCCAUCUCUUGGUGAUUUUAGCUUUCAUUUCAUGUAGUCCCUUUUGCCACUGAAUAAUUCCUUUCCCCAAACCCCUAAGAGACCACAGUAAAAAGGAUAUGUGGUUCCUAUUUUCUCACCAAGUAUAAAAUGACUUUUUAGCACAUCCUUUCUGCCCUGGAAAGGCGCAUGCAUUGUUUAGAGAGCAUCAGACCUGUGCUACAUUCGGUGGAAACCAUAGUAACAGUAUUGCCAGAAAAUGGCAAAUAAUUAUUUGGGUCAUGCUAGUACAUCAAGGAACAUAGUAGAUGUUAGCUGUAUUUCCAUUAAAGUUCAUUGAUCUAUUAUAUCAAUAGUGUUGCCAUAGAGUGGGGGGAAAGAGGACAGCGAGUUGACCUUUUUAACAAUUGCAGUGCUCUGCCUUCACCCAUAGUGCAACAUUCCCUGUCAUAAUAACUUUUUGCCAGUGCAGUACUUUCUUUGGGUUGCAGCCACUGGACAAGGACAGGAGGGCCACUCAGUUCUCUUGUGUCAGCAGAACACAAAGAUAUGCAGGCAUAGUGGAUUUACACGGCUAUUGUUGCACCAUUGCACUGGCAUGCCGAUGCCAAGAUAACAAGGGGCAAAAUAAACAGAGUUUUGGGGUAGAAUGGGGCAGGAGAGUGAAUUGCAUGGUUGCUCAGAGGCUGGCUCCACCUGGAAUGCUUGCGUCACAUUUAGCAGCCACAAAAAAGUGCUGGAUUAAUAAGAAGAGUUUGGAUUGGAUUUGAUAUCCCACUUUAUCACUACCUGAAGGAGUCUCAAAGCGGCUAACAAUCUCCUUUCCCUUCCUCCCCCACAACAAACACUCAGUGAGGUGAGUGGGGCUGAGAGACUUCAGAGAAGUGUGACUGGCCCAAGGUCACCCAGCAGCUGCAUGUGGAGGAGCGGAGACGUGAACCCGGUUCACCAGAUUAUGGGUCUACCGCUCUUAACCACUACACCACACUGAAUUUUACAACAAAAUGGACAAAAUAUCAUUACAACUGCAAUAUGUAAAUUUCAGCAACGAUUACAGAGAAUCAUAUUGCACAACAGUGAUGAUUGUUGCAUUAAAUGAUGCUCUAAGCAGCUGACAACAAAAGACAGAUUUCCGGGUAAGGUCCUGUUUUGAAGAUCUUCCACAGAUGAUCACACACACACAUUCCCAUGAGGAACUGACAAACAAUCACACUCCCAAAUUAGUUGCAAAGGGUGGCAUCCACAUGUCAACCAAAUACUUGGCCCCUCCCAAGCAUUUUAAGGCCCUGACUGCAGUUUUCACAACUGGGAGGACUUCAGGAACGUUUUCUCUCCAAAAAAGGUUAUUAAGUAUAACGGAAACAAAACUAUGAUUAUCUUAUUCUGAAGUGUAUUCAGAGUCCAUAAUGACAAACCACCAGCAUUGGGACAGUCCCAGCAUGGCUGUGUUGGCUGGGGCUGGUGAGAGUGGUAGUUCAAAACAUCUAGAGGGCCCCAAGUUGGGGAAGGAUGCCCUGCAGGUACCCCGGCACAGGCGGAAGCAGUCUUUCUCAAGUAUUCAUCUGCCACCGCCUCAUCUUCAGCUUGUUAUAGGGACCAUCUCUCUUGCAGCUGCCAACCAUGGCUUAUCACCCCCCCACCCCCCCGGUUUGUAUUGUCUCCCUGCAGCCAUUCAGUCUGUGCUACUGCAGGGACCACUGUAAUAGCAGCUGUAUGAAAAUGCUGCAUGGCAGACCCAAGGAAACAACAGGAAGUAACUUUUCUUACUACCAUAUUUCUAUACUGCUUUGCCUGUUAAAUGAUUGCCUGUCAUGCCCUGUAGAAAGGCACCACUAAAAUGAUGAUGAUGAUGAUGAUGAUGGCAGUAACGUUAGUCACGGGUGUUGCUGUCAGAACUCACUCCACUAAUGUUGUUCAAUAAUAUCUUAAUCCUUUCUUCUGUGCUUCAUCUGAUCUAGUUAGAGCUGGGCACAAGUGGCCUGUCAAAAUGCACCUCCCUGUUUUUGUGAGCAGAGAAACUGGAGGGACACUUUCCAUGAAUUUUCAGGGGAAAGGAGAUAUUCUUUCACAGCUUUUGUGGGGGGGGGGCUCACCAUUAGCAGUGGCAGCAGCAGGGAAAUCCAAUUCUGUUGUAUGGUGGGGCAGAUUUGAGAGUAACUCACAUGUGGUGAGGUUUUAUUUUAUUUUUUACCUCUGGUUUAUUGCAUUAUUUGCAGAUAAUCUUGCUAGAGAUCUAGCUGUUCCCAGAAACACACCCUGAAAUCAUCCCAGACUCAGAGGUAACUCCGGUCCACUCACAUAAAGAACAUACACAAGCUCUUUCACAAGCUCCUCUGUGACCUUUUCACAUCCAGAGUUCAUCUUCCAAUGUUAUAAUUUGUGAGGUGGGUGUGAAUUGGGGUUGUGUAAAUCUGCCAUACUGCUGAACAUUAUGAAUUCCAGUGAAAUGUUUCAUCUUUAAUUUCAGACUAUUGCAGUUUCAUUUGGACAUGUGUUUCUUAAUUCUACAAUGUUACAAAAAAGGAUAACCGUUCCUAGGAAUUUAUCCCAGAAGUUGCCAGUUGUACUUAUAGCCAUCAAACGUCACUACUCAUUUUCCGCAAUCCGUUUGUAUGUGUGUUUUUAAUGCCUCAUUAUGGCUUUCUGAGCCACCUUUGUGCAAGCUACAGCUAGGAGAGGUUGCUAGCUGACCAUGAAUAUUGUGCAUUAUUUUAGUGUGUUCACAAAAAUCCAUACAGUUGCUGUUCAGAUCUUGUGAUGUGGGCGACAUGCAAGAAAAUCCAACCUAUUUGUGUUAUGUUUUAAACGAACAACCAACAACUACUUGAAGCAUGGCGGGAUUUUAAUUUUCUAAACCCUUGAUGACACACUUUGAAAAUCAUGCUGCCCUGUGAUAUUACAUUGCAAUCACUAUUUGAUUGAUUGAUGAGACCCUAAUAUGCAGGGAGGAGUGAAAUGCAUGAACCAAUCACAGAGAGAGUGCAUGGAAAAGGUCAGGGUGGAGGAGCCCUUCACUUUGUUUCCUGAAAGAUAUUGGAUAUUAAAUGUCAGAUACAAUCUUUGUCAUGAAAAUGAGGUAACAAGGCACGGGUGUAACCCUACUCUUCGAACGACAGUCGUGUCAUUUGCUGUUGUUAGGGCUCAAAUAGAGCAGGGGGAGGGGAGAGAAAUGUAUCACACUUCAUUCAAACAUUUAAAUUAAGACAUUAAUUUAGGAAUGGGAAACAGAGGCAUGGAAACCAGCUCAGGGAGACUGCUUACAAAUAUGGUUUGUAAGCACAAAUACGGUAUUACACAUACUAUACAGUAUCUUGUUUCUCUCCUAAGCCUUGGGAAGGCGUUUGAGCCUAAAUAUUUUAGGGGGAUAGUGGGCAUUUAUCCCCCUCCCUGAAAACCUCCAAACCUACAAUUAAUUAACUUCUGUGGUUCUGCAGGACUAGAAGUUAGUUGCAGAGGAGGUUCAGAAGGGAGGGUCACCUAGUUGCUUAGGCAAUCUGGCAAUUUUUCCUAUACGUAUUCCUGCACCAAGCUGCUGAAAUACAGAGCAGGAUGGUAGGGAGAGUUGCCUUGUUGUUGUCAGGACCCGGAGUCAGGAGUAGGUCAACAAUAAAAGACCCAGUGUCAGUGAAGUUAACCGUUUUUUCAAAGAAACCAAAACAGUGAAGGGCUAGUGAUCACAGCAGCUCUUCCCCACUGAGGUCUUGCCCCAAUGAGAGAGUUGCCAGGACUGAAGGUCCCCACUUUCCCACUGCUCUCUCAGACUCCUCCUCCCCCAGGUGGUUCCCAGGCAGUUUCAGGCUCCUUUGUCUAGUCCAGGCAUCGGCAAACUCGGCCCUCCAGAUGUUUUGGGACUACAGCUCCCAUCAUCCCUGAGCACUGGUCCUGUUAGCUAGGGAUGGUGGGAGUUGUACUCCCAACACAUCUGGAGGGCAGAGUUUGCCGGUGCCUGGUCUAGUCUCUCUUCAUUUCUCUUCAUGUUCUGGGAGACCAGGCUUCUUCAGCAGACCGUCUCCACUUUGCCUCCCCUCAUCCCGCUUCUGCCUCUGCUUCUGGGCUGCUCUCUGCCAUAGCCACUUCCUGCUCACUAAACCCUGUUACCUCUUCAGCUUCCAACACCUUCGUCUCCCAUUCUUCUCCCUCCUCCCUCUGACCACUUGUCGUUGUCCCACCACCAAUCCCUUGGCUCUGAGUCUUCUUCCCAUGGGGGUUCCCUUGGGGGUUCCCCAGCUUGUGCCUCCUGCCACUCCUCUGCAUCCAGCCAGUCCGUGUCAGUUGUCUAGGCAAUUGGGUGACUUUCCCACCCUAUUUUCUGAUAGUGUACUGUUCAUUUUCCACAUCAUCCUUUGAGGUUUUUUUUUAACAACUACUGUAUAAACAUUUGCAAUUAUUCUUUACAUAUUUUACCCCAAAAUAUGUAUUUUAACCUAAAAUAUACAUUUUGGCAUAUUGGCUUUUUUGAGCUAAGGACACAAAAACCAGAGUUCAAGAAACAGAAGGGUAACUGUGUUCCAAUCCACAUAGUAGCCCAGGCCAGCAAAUCAAGUCACUUCACUUCUGAACUAAAUGCUCAAGCAUCCCUACCACAACUAACCAUCAGUGAAAGGCCGGGGGUGGGGUUCCGCUUUGUAGCCCAUGAAAUUAGGGGGUUGUGUUUUGGCUCAGGCAUAACUAUACUGGGCAUGAGAAGAGUUGGCUUUUCAGUCGAACAAAUAGGAGAAAUAAAAUUACUUCUGGGAAAGAAAGUGGGGGAAGAGAUUUGCUAACCUUUACACACACAAAAAGACAGCCUCUGAAUUUGUACAUAAAUCCACCCACUGUGCUCAGCAGCUUUUGUCACUCUCACAGGAGAACCCAGUAUGCUUUUCUUUACUCUGACUGUCACCUUUUCAUUGUCUGCUUCUUAAGCAUUUCUGGAGGUGAAAAAGGCCCCAAUUCUCCCCUGCAUUUCUCACCAUUCAGACUGUGAAACAUUUUGCAGUUAUGCCAGAGAGGUGUAAAUAACAACUCAAAGAACACUGCAGUCCAGGAGCUACAAACUUUAAAAAUAACCAUAACAGGGGGCCAAACAGGUUCUGAGCAGCAGCUCUCUAUACCAAGAGGUAAAAAUUAAAACAAAAUAAAAUGCAAGGAGCAAAACAGUCCUGCUGGCACUACAGGAAUGUGUGUGUAAAUCUAGGGACACAGCAGUCAAAGUUGAAAAACAAUUUUGCCUUCCCCUGAAACUGGUGCUUUUUUUCAGGCUCUAAAAUAUCUCCCAAAAAGCUAGUAAUAAGAAAAUCGAGAUUGCUGGGAUAUGAUGUCAACCCCACUUGCCAUGCCACCCACCUAAAACCAAUUUGCCUUGCAGAUGCACAUGCAAUCAAAAGCAGCUUAGACUUCAGAUGUGGAGGGCAUAGGAAGCACAAGGGCUUUCCUGUCUCCUCUGCCACAUCUUCAACAUGAGGGAGGAAAAGAAUGAGAGAGUAUAGAAACAGAAGGCAUGAGCCAUUUGCUUUUCCUAUUCUGCCCCGCUCCCCCAGGCCUCUGAUACUUUCAGACUGUUUCCAUAGAACAAGAUUUGAUGCCCAUUUUGGUUGCUUGUCCCCUCAUGGGUGUCUUGGCAUGUAUACCUCAUGGGGGCACAUUUAUUUUUUUCAUUUAUAUCCUGACUUCCCUCUAAGGAGCUCAAGUGAGUUUCAUGGUUGAGUGGGAACUAGAACCCCUGUCUCCCAAGUCUUAGUCCAACAUUCUGACCGUACACAAGGCGCCACACUUGCUGUAACUUCAGCAGCUAUGGGAUCUCCUGAGAUAAUUAAUGCUAGAACCUUCCUCUGCUGCUGAUCCAAUCAAUGCCUUGCUGUACACCUAUUGACUGGCCAUGAAAAACCGAAAAAUUCAGGUGCUUCCUCGCUUCCCUCCUCCAAAGCUCAACUGUGCCACAAACUUACCCUCAGUCUUUGCUUCUCUUCCUCUCUCCCUUCCUGGAAAGCCUUCAAGAGUUAUCCAUUUAAUUACUAUUUCCCUAUGUUUUCUCAAUAAACCUUUGCUUCUGGAAGAAUGUCUCCCUUAAAUACUUCACUCUGCCAUCCUGACUAUAAAAUAAAAAUCAGAUAGGCGUCCUUGGCUCCUCUGUCUUUUGGCUAGAGUGCUAGUUUCAAUGCCAGCUCUACUGGAGAGUUAGCAGCCUGUUCACCAGCAGUAGGGAGCCAGGGUCUAGCAGUGGAAAGUGGUUCCUUUAGCACAGCCUACGCCAACCUGGGGUAGUUUUCAACUACAACUCCCAUCUGCCCCAGCCAGCACACCCGUACUUCCAUCAGCCCUAUGGUGCUGGGCCUGAUAGGAGUUGUAGUUGAAAGCAUCUGAAGGUCACCUGGCUGAGGAAUGCCACCCCAGGACUUCUUUGAACACCCAGAACACUGAAGUAUCCUGCAGACAUUUUCAGAGGCACGUGUCCUCCUGCUCUUUAUUUUUUAGUGCUCUUGUCUCCUUAAGCAACUUCUAUUAGAAGCUUGGCUUCUUCUUGAAGUAAGGUGGGACAGCAGUACCCUGGUCUUUGGGUGGGGAUGGUGGAAGCAACCAUAACAGUGCUGGGCUCCUAAGAAAGAAAAGGAAAAAGAUUACAAUGGCCAGAUGGGAACAGUGGACAGAGCUCCUGCACCUUUAAUAGCUGUGUGAAAGAGGGAAUUUCAGCAGGUGUAGCUUGUCAUUGAAUAAUUAAAGGUGCAGGAGCCCUGUCUUCUUAACACAAGGAGAGAAUUGCUGGAUCAUCAAGCCAAUGGUCGAUCUAGUCCAGUGUUUCCCAACCUUUGUUCUCCAGCUUUUUUGGGGACUACAGUUCCUACCAUCCCUGACCACAGGUCCUGCUAGCUAGGGAUGAUGGGAGUUGGAGAACAGCUGGGGACCCAAGUUUGGGAAACCCUGAUCUAGUCCAACACCUUGUUCUCACAAUGUCUAUCCAGGUGUCUAUGGAAAACUCUCAAGCAGGACUCAUGAACAAGAACACUCCCGCCCCCCUGGAUGGCUUCCAGCAAGUGGUAUUCUUUUCUGAGAGCAUUACCUCCCCACCCCACCCUUUAUAUCCUCACAUUGGCAUCUAUUAGCCAAGUCCAGGUGCUCUGAAAGUGAGCCUUGUGCCUUCUGAAUCCCAAGUGAAACCAUUUCGAAGAGCUCCCUCCUGGCAGUUAUGGGAGACCUGCCAACCCAGACAGUAGCCAACGCUGGAACACUGAAACAGGCACGGCUGCUGUUCCACUGACUCUCGCCCGUCCUGAAUUCCAGCCAUCGCUUUCUUAUUACUAAGAAUUCCUUAGUGCUGCACAAGCAUUUGUUUAAUGAGAACCAGAUUUGGGUCAUAAACCUUAACCGUAUCAAGCCUUUUUUUGUUAGCUAAUGUUUACCUUCUAAGUGAGGGUUCUCUCCCCCCCCCCCCACGGCCGCCUGCUCUCUCCCUGCCCUUUUUUGUUUGAGUAAAAGGGCACUGCUAUAAAAGGCAUGCAUGGAAGCAAAGGAACCAGAAAAUACUCUGAACUGCAUGUGACUUGCAGCUGCAGGGUUUCCCACAAUAUCGAGGGCUGCCUCAACAAAGUGGCUUAUGUGCUUUAACAAAUAUCAGCUGUUUGUCGGGGUGUAAUGAACAAACUCGGGCUAGAGCGACAACUGCUUCAAGUAAUUAUGAAGACAGCUUGCAAACUAUAGCCCCGCUUGUUUUGAGCCCCCAGUGACGGCAGCCUGAAUGCUGUUCCUGCCAGCUUGAUUUCAAAGCAUGUUUCUUUCCAUAUUUCAAAGGUCAGUGUGCGUGGUGGUGGCCAGCAAGAGGCUGUGGGUGUCAGGGAGACAAAGGAAGCCCUCUGAGGGCGUCCAGAAUUCUGGUCCGUUAUUAGCAGCCUGAUAAUGUUAACAGUGACUAGUUUGUCUUCAUUAUGACUAAAGCUGAGAAUGGCGUCCCUUGUGCGAGGUGCUAGGCAGAUGCACUGGCUUGGUUCAGAUAUAAUAAAAAGCCACCAUUUCCUGCUAUAUGAGCCAUGGUGAGCCUUGGGUCAUACACUCUUCACACACCAGAAGAUAUUGCAAGCAUUUGCUUCCAGUUUUAAAUGAACCAAAGUUUCUCCAUGAAAUGUGAACUUGGGGAACCAUAGCUUGUUUGAAUGAUGGUUUCAGAAAAAGUCAAGAUCUGAAAGCACGUGGCGUAUUCAGCUAAGUUUUACUCAGCAUAGAACCACUGAAAUUAAGUAACCUAAUGAAUACCACUCAUGGGCUGGAUAUGAUUACUUCUCACUAACUAUAGUUUAAGCAAACAGCAGUUCCCUGAGUUUGGACUACAGGUGAACUGUGGUUUACGAUCACCUUCCAAUGUCCUCUUCUGGGGUGAAAAGAGGAGAGGGGGGAGCAUGCAAACCUGAGACUUGUCACAACUUAUUCACAUGGUUUUCCUGUUAUGUUUCAACUCUGUUACUGAGUUGUAGGGCUCACAAUCUAAAUGAACAACACAUUGCAUAUGAAAUGGGAACAGUAUUUCUUUCCUUGGGCAAAGUAACAUGCAUUCCCCAAUGAAUUCAUCAUUUGAAACUAUCUCCUUCCAAGCUGUUCCAAACAUAAAAGCCAAUAAUAGUGAACAGUUACAGAGUUAAGGUAGAAAGAUAAAAUAAGGGUUGACCAAGGGCCUCCAGAUAUUGUUGGAUUUCACUCCCAUCUACCUCAGUCAGUCUGGCCAAUGGUCAGGGGGAGUUGUAGUCCCCGAUCGCAUAUGGAGAACCACAAGUUCCCCAUCCCUGAAGUAAAUGAAAUGCAAAUGUAAGACAUGGCAGAACAAAGGCUUUUCCUGAGUAGAGAAUGGCGGAAAGUUGACACUCAGGAGAUGGAGACUUAACCAUGAAGCAUAUGAAAACUAAGAAAACAGUUGAUAGCUUAAGUUUCCUAAGCUGCAUCAAGGCAGAUCAUCACAGCCCCACCUGAAGUCUUUGCAAGACAUCCCACAAGAAUGCUGCUGUGCUUACAGUUACUAAUGUCUGACCUAACCAAAGUUUCUCUUAUGUACUGUUAUCUGCUGGGUCACUUGGCUAAAUGGCCGGGCAAUGCUUUCAAAGCUGCUCUAACCCUGCCUGCCUCCCUUCCUAGUGCAAAGACUUAUUCCCGACCUCCUGCUGGAAGGAAACACAUAUGCGCCAUGAAAAGAACACAAUGCCCAAAGCAUGCCACAAAAUGACAGCGGGGAACAAUACAUGAAAGGCCACGCCAGAUGUUGCAAAGAAAUAACUGUGCAGAACGGCUGCCAUGUGUCCUCGCAGUGAAAACUAAGAGCUGGUGGGGAGGAUGUAUAUUUGCAAACACAUGGCAAACAUGUGACCGGAAAUCUCAGUCAGUUGCUUGCAUCCAUAUUGUUAAAGUAGAGGAUGUUCUUUAAGUACUGGUUGUCUAAUGAAGCUUCCAGCUGCCACUUCUGGUGGCAACAGCCCCAAGCCAGAUGUGGGGGAAGUAUCGCAGCCAAAGAAGAGGAACUUCCUAGUGUGAGACUUUUGCUCUGCAAUUAUUUUGCUUCCCUGUCCUCCAUCUCUGCUCAUCCAUCCUGAUUUGCUGUCAGUCUGAAUGGGCAACAUUGCCUCUGUGUGGUUAAUUCAGUGUACCCAAGAGUUACAAAAGCCUCUGUGUAAAGAAACAUUCUACUAAUGAUUCUUCUUUAGGAAUUUUAUAAUUCCCUUUGAGGCGAAAAUCACUCUGGCUGAAUGUGUUGGUAGUCUUCUUCAUAUUGUUACAGUUAAGUAUUGCCAUCUCUUAGGCUUAUCUUGCUGCCGCGCUAUUUAGAAAUAUUUAUGAGAAGCAAGUGAGCAUUGCCUUAAUUUUCAGCAUUCACUAGCCAUGUACAACUACUGCACAGAGAAAUCUAAUGCAAUAUGAAUUUAAUCACUUUCAUUAACUUUAAUGGGAAAAGCCAGCUUGGUUUUCUAGUUAUAGAAGUCAUUUUGUGCUGACUGCUUUCAGGCUCUUGGCUGAAAUUGAAAUCUAUAUCUGGAUAGGAAUUUCAUAUAUUAAUUUCUAACCAUGGACAUCUCAAGCUUCCGUGAGGGAAGCAGCAUUAAUUUAGACCACUAACAAUGUGGGAACUGUUGGAGGCUCUGUGUUGAAUUAGCAGAGUGGUAGGAAUGAAAGGAACUGUUUUGUAGAAGUCUAUGCAAUUCUAUGGUGCUUGUUAGAGAUCUAUGGAGAGAUCCAUUAUGUUUAAUGAAGUGUGCAUGCAUGAAACUCUUAUAAAUAUAGAAUAGCAGGCUAUCUGUUGGUGAAAAAAGGGCUAAAUGAACUAUGUCUCCUUUUUCUAGGGCUGUCUGCAUUCUGUACAUUUAAAGCUUAUUUCCCCCCAUCCCCAUCUUGAGAAUUGUGGGAACUGUAGUUUAGCCCCUCAAGUUACAAUUCCAUUCACACGUAACAAACUACAGUGCCAUUUCCAGGAUUCAUUUUUUGUGGAGGGAGGAAUGCUUUAAAUGCAUGGUGUGCACACAGCCAAGGGCAGAGGGCUUUCUGUUUGAUGGCUUCAUGUUCAGUUUGACCUUGAUAUUAACAUUUUUGGUUUAUCUACAUGUCUUCAUACAAUUAUGCUCUGCUCAGGCCUACACAUUGCUUUCAAGCCAUCUAGGUUUCCCUCUUGGCCUGUAUCUUAUUUGCCAACUCACUCAAGACCAAACUGAAAUACACAUGAAUAUAUCUCAGCCUCAGCUAGCACAUGCAGAAAGGCCCAGGCUAGAUAUGGACUGCAGGAGAGAUGUGUGAGAGUUAACCCUUCCCUCUGUUUGCCUCAAUGAAGAUCACUCUCCCACCCAAGCUGCUGUUUGCUCCAGGAGGAAAGACUUAGGUAAACAAAUAGCAACCAACUGGUGGGAAGGGAGGCAGAAUUUCAUUGGGCAAAAUAACCCAGGUAGAAGGGUUAAUCCCUUCUUUCCUCACACCAUCCUGAUUGUGCCCCUCAUCAGGCAGGUGCUAUGAUUCAGAGAUUGAGAUGGAUUCCCAGUAUUCCAUCAUCAUGUCUAGAUUGGUCUUAAUCCUUCACCAUAUAAUUUGUUCAUAGAAGAGAGGAAAUCAGUUUGAUACCAAGUUCUUGUGAGACAGUGAAUUAGUGUGCAAGUGAAUGAGGAAGCCUCAGUUUGGGAAAUGGAAAAAAUCAAAGUGAUUUGCCCCCUCAUCCAAAGGUCUCUUUGGUAAUUAGGCAGAAACCUAUUUUAUGUCCAGUUUCUUAACUUCAAUUUUACCAUGGCCAAACUGCCUCUUUUUAAAUUUAGAAUGCAUUUUACUGACAUUUUUAUCAUCCUCUCACUUUAGUCUUGAAAUGAAUUCAUAAAUAAUGCAAUAAAUACCUAGAGAUCAUGCCAGUAUAUUAAGCUAUAGGUGAGAUAUAUUAAAUGUGUAUUACAAGAAAAUUGUUUUGUUUCUUCACCACUUUCAUCAGGUUUGCUUGAUGUAAAUUUCACUGAGAUCAAAGAGAUUUGCCUCCAUAUAAAUAUGGUUUCAAGAUUCGCUAAGAAAAGGUUAUUAUCCUAUCAUCCCAUCCCAUCAUUAUUCUAUAAAUAAAUUUAUUUCCAUAUGUUUAUAGAAGAAUGGUCAGCUGUGUAGGUUGUUAAUGCAUCUGUUCAGCUCAAAUUUCUGUUUCUAUGGGUGGCAUCAGACAUAUGCAAAAUAGACCCACUGAAAUCAAUAGUCUGAGUCAGAUCCCAUCCUAUGAAUUUUGGACCACUUUUUCAUGCCACACUAAAAUAAAUAAACAAGAGGUGCAAGGGAGGAAGAGGCUAAAAAGUGGUUAAAUCAAUUUGCCAAACUGAAGAGUAUUUCCUUGUAAGUUUUCAGAUACUUGCUUUCUCUUGUGUGCUAGCAAAAAUUCAUAUGCCUGCUUCAUUUCUCUUUGGAUCUCACUGAUAUGAUUGGGACUGACGAGCACCAUAAAUAUGACCAACCUGAAUGCAAGGCUGCAGAAAGGAAGGAAAGAAGGGAGGAAAAUGAUAAAGUUCCUGCACACCAAAAAAACAACAACACACCCACAACAAACUACCGUAUUGGCCUGAAUAUAAGCCUCACUUUCCCCCCAAAUUUUGUCCAUGAAAUGUUAAAGUGUGGUUUGUAUUUGUGACUUUGCGGUAUGCAGCCAGGAGCACAGCAAAGCAGCACCUGCCCCUGUCCUCCCCCCCAAGGCCAGGAAGGGAGAGAGUGAGGAAGGGGAAAGGCCGCCAGCAACGCAGCGUGGCUCCCCCCCCCCAAAGUAUGCAACCAGGAGCAGCAAGGAAUGGUGCAGCUUAUAUUUGGGUCAAUUCGGUAUGUCUGUUAUGUGAAUCACUGAACUCAUAAGCAUUACAUGUUUUCUGGACAAAUUUUUCAAUUUGAUUUUUGUGCGACAAGAUAAAACAGCACAAGACAUCUUUGGGCACUUUUGUCUUGUGUCUUCAACAUGUUUUCUGUAACAUUAAUUCAAAGGAAAUGUUUCUUGGAAGAUAAGUCAUGCUACCAUCGUUCUGGAUUUCAGACCAUUUCUCUCUUCUAUUCAGAAUAGGUUGGCAAGAUCCAGAAGAAAAUGA